AUGUAUGUGUUGGUCGAUAAACUCCACGAAGACCAGAAAGUCUUGGUGAGAAAGUUAGAAAAAGACUAUGCUGACCACCAGGCUGCCAUCCUGGAUGUCCGCGAGGACGUGGAUCAAAAGUACAAGAAGUUGGAAGACGCCAUUUCUAAACUCGAGGAGAAAUUAGAUUCUUACGAAAAUUUACAAAGGCGCUCAAAUUUUAGAUUGCAUGGUUUCCCAGAGGCCGUGGGUGGAAGAGACACCAUUUCCUUUCUAUAGGAAUGGAUUCCCAAAAUCCUGGAUCUACCCCCUUCCGCGCACCCACUGGAAAUCGAGAGGGCCCAUUGAACUCUACGGAGGUGGCAUGCUGGCCAGGUUGCACACAGGGCAAUUGUCAUUAAAUUGCUACGGUACCAGGACACUGUCCGCAUCCUCUCUGCUGCCCGAGCAAAGUUAGAGCACAAGUAAAAUCAUGAUCUUUCCGGAUCUUUAAUCCAUAGUACACAAGAGGAGGAUGGCUUUCUCCCCACUCAAGAGGCUUCUGCGGCAGGCUGGCUUGGCAUACGGCCUGCGCUAGCCGGCGACUUUGUGGAUCGAAACCAAGAGUGGUGAGCGCACAUUUGAGGGUGAACUCAGGAUGAUGGUGAUUGUUUAACUUCGUAUUUGAGGGAUGAUAGUUCUCAUCUGGUAAAGGUUUCCAUUUAUUCACCAUAGCUUGAUGUAUUUUUUCCUGUGCUGCUUGGGUGCGUUUGUGGUCAUCAAUUUGUUGCUGCGCGGCACAGGUUUCAGGGCACCUUGGGGAAUGCCGAUUGGUUGACAUUUGAGUGUGCGGGUAGGCGCGGCUGGUGACCAUGAACGCAUCCUCUGUGUUUGUUUUUGUUUUUUACAUGCUCAAGUGGGACUAAAUAGUCCGGUCAUUUUUGUUGCCAAUGUUUGUUGCUUUGAUUCACAUUUUGUUUUGUUAAUUGACUGAUAACAUUUUAAUGUUAUAGGGAACAGUCAAUUCACUUUUAUGCACUAUACGUAUAAUUUAGGAUGAACCUAAUUCGGGCGAUUCUAUGCAUAGCAGAUACAUCUAGCUUAAAGACUAUUGUCUAAUGGUAUGUUUUUUUUUUUACUCCCUCAUUUGGGGAGGGAGUUGGGUGGGUUUGUGGUAGGGUUAGGGUAUUAGCUCAUGAGAUGUUUACUAUUUUAUACUUUCAUAAUUUCAUUUUGUACAAUUUGUAUAAUUUUGUUUCUAUCUUUUUCUCUUUUUCUUAUUUUCUUUAAAGAUGUCGGCACCUAAUAACUAUACAUUUAUGAUCCUUAACAUUAAGGGUACUAAAUGCCCAGUCAAGCGCAAAUGCAUUCUGAAUGAUCUAAAGCAGCAUAAAGUUGAUAUAGUUCUUCUUCAGGAGAAACACCUGACUGACUCUGAGCAUGAUAAACUGAAGAGAGAGUGGGUGAGUCAAGUGUACUAUUCAUCUUUCACCUCUCGGGAAAGAGGGGUGGCCAUUCUCAUUAAUAAACAUUGCCCCUUUCAGCUACAAUCUCAGAUUAAAGACAAAGGUGGUAUGCUUGUUAUCAUUCAAGGUUUCAUUAACACUGAGCCCAUUACCAUUGUGAAUGUGUAUGGGCCUAACUAUGAUGAUCCUACAUUUUACCAAUACAUAUUUUUGAAGUUAACGUGCUCCUCAUCAGAGAUAAUAAUGUCAGGGGAUUUUAACUUGGUUCUGGACCCUUCCAGUGAUACAUCUUCCUCUAAUAAUAUCAACCUUACACAGGCAGCUAAAAUGUUUAAAAUAUUUUGGAUUUGUAGACAUAUGGAGAUUAGAUUUCACAACCAAAAGGUUAAAGAAUACUCAGUUUACUCCUCUGUCAUUAACAGUUACUCUAGAAUUGACUUACUUCUUAUUCCUGCAGGCAAAGCAAGUUUAAUUACUGGGUCUAAGUAUUUACCAAAACCUAUAUCAGAUCAAUCUGUCCUGCUAGCUUCAUUACCAGUCAGUAAAACACCACCACCCUCAAGAAGGUGGAGGUUUGGUACAUAUUUACUAAAUAAUCUCACAUUUGUAACAUUUCUGAACACUUUUUUUUAGCACCAAAACAACUCUGCCUCUCCCUUAAUUUUAUGGGAAGCACUCCUUGCAUAUCUGAGGGGGCAAAUCAUUUCGUUUAGUUCAGGUGCUCGUAAGAUGUAUAAGGCUCAAGUAGAUUUGUUGGAGAAAGAAAUUUGGGAUCUGGAAAAUUAACAUAGUAUAACAUUUGACGACUCAAAGCGAUUGGAAUAUAACACCCUGACGACCCACAAAGCAGAAAACGCACUUAGGAGAACAAAAGAAAACUACUCUUAACAUGGCGAUAAAGCAGGAAAGUUGCUUGCUUGGCAGAUAAGGAGAGAGGAAGCUAGUAGAGUUAUUAGCUCUAUUAAACUGCCCAAUAACAGUUGUUCAGGGUCCUGAGGAAAUUAAUCUAGUUUUUAAGGAGUUUUAUGAAACAUUGUACAAGUCUGAAGGGGAUGCCCCUGCCACAAUGCAUGAGUUUUUAAAUAAACUACAUUUACAAGCUUUAACUGAUGAGGACAGAGAGUACUUGGAGAAAUAGAUUACAUCUGAGGAAAUUAGAGAAUCCAUUUUCUAAACUGCUGGGGGAAAAUCACCAGGGUUAGACUGAUUCCCUAUUGAAUUCCAUAGAUUAUUUUUACCCAAACGAAUUGAGCCUCUUUGCAAUGUGUUUAUUCAUGCCAUAGAGACAGAAAAGCUCCCAGACACACUUGAACAAGCACUGAUCACAGUUUUGUUCAAACCUGGGAAAGAUCCUCUGCUUUGUGGGUCGUAUAAACCAAUAUCCUUAUUUAACACUUCAUAUAAGAUUCUUGCAAAACUCAUAGCUAUUUGACUAGACAAGGUACAUCCUGAUUUGGUUGAUAUGGACCAAACAGGCUUUGUAAGAAACCGCUCAUCUCCUGAUAAUAUCAGAAGAUUAUUUAAUAUUAUGCCUUAUUAUGCCUUAAUGACCAAUAACCUGUAGUGGUGGCUUCAUUAGCUGUGGAAAAAGCUUUUGACCACAUAGAAUGGAACUACCUGUUUGAAGUUUUACAUAGGAUGAAUAUUGGACCUAAGUAUGUAGGUCUGAUUAAAUUCCUUCUGAAAUUAUGAAGACAUAUCAACUGAACUGUACUCCACUUCUCAAAAAGUUUGGGGAAGAAUUGGAUAGAUGCCGGGAUUUACCAAUUUCUCUUAUUGGGCAGGUCAAUUGUGUAAAGAUGAAUAUAUUACCAAAAUUCUUGUACCUUUUUCAAACCUUGCCCUUUCCUAUUCCCAAAGUUUUUUUUUUCAAAAAACUUAAUAGGAAGGUCUCUUCAUUUUUGUGGAAAGGGAAACCCCCCAGAGUGAAACUCACAACUUUAUGCAAACCAUACUCAGGAGGGCUUACUCUACCUGAUUUUCAGUUUUAUUACUGGGCAUCUCAGUUAAAGGCUGUGUGGGUAUGGCAAGAUACAACAACAAGUUCACCCUCUUGGAGACAGGUAGAGGAACAGCGUCUUUCCCCUGUUUAAUUGGCAUCUAUACCUUAUAUUAGCCCACCUAAAGCUUUGCUAGGUCUCAUAAACAACCUUUUAAUUAAAAACAUAUUGAUUGAAGUCUGUAAACAAACAGAAGGGCAUAGAUCUAUAUACACUACCGUUUGGGGUCACUUAGAAAUGUCCUUGUUUUUUAAAGAAAAGCCAUUUUAUUGUCCAUUAAAUUGAUCAGAAAUACAGUGUAGACAUUGUUAAUGUUGUAAAUGGCUAUUGUAGCUGGAAACGGCUGAUGUUUAAUGGAAUAUCUACAUAGGCGUACAGAGGCCCAUUAUCAGCAACCAUCAGUCCUGUGUUCCAAUGGCACGUUAUGUUUGCUAAUCCAAGUUUAUCAUUUUAAAAGGCUAAUUGAUCAUUAGACAACCCUUUUGCAAUUAUGUUAGCACAGCUGAAAAAUAUUGUGCUGAUUAAAGAAGCAAUAAAACUGGCCUUCUUGAGACUAGUUGAGUAUCUGGAGCAUCAGCAAUUGUGUGUUCGAUUACAGGAUCAAAAUGGCAAAUAACAAACAAAUACAUUUCUUCUGAAACUCCUCAGUCUAUUCUUGUUCUGAGAAAUGAAAGCUCUUCCAUGCGAGAAAUUGCCAAGAAAUUGAAGAUCUCGUACAACGCUGUGUACUACUCCCUUCACAGAACAGCGCAAACUGGCUGUCACGUUCGUUGAAUGACGGGACAGACCAAGGCGCAGCGUGAUAUAUGUACAUGUUUAUUCAACUUAAUAAACACACAACAAAACAAUAAACGAAACGAAACGUGAAGUCCUAAGGUAGAUAACCAACCAACCUUUACCGGAACAAGAUCCCACAACUAGACAGUGCCAAUAGGCUGCCUAAGUUUGGUCCCCAAUCAGAGACAACGAGCGACAGCUGCCUCUGAUUGGGAACCACACCGGCCAACAUAGAACUAUACAUACUAGAUCCCACACAUAGAAAAAGCACAACAAGGAAUAUACACACCCUGACUCAACAUAUAAGUGUCCCCUGAGUCAGGGCGUGACACUGGCUCUAAACAGAAUAGAAAGAGGAGUGGGAGGCCCCGGUGGACAACUGAGCAAGAGGACAAAUACAUUAGAGUUUCUAGUUUGAGAAGCAGACGCCUCACAGGUCCUCAACUGGCAGCUUCAUUAAAUAGUACCUGCAAAACACCAGUCUCAACGUCAACAAUGAAGAGGCGACUCAGAGAUGCUGACCUAGGCAGAGUUGCAAAGAAAAGUCCAGUGUCUGUGUUCUUUUGCCCAUCUUAAUCUUUAAUUUUUAUUGGCCAGUCUGAGAUGUGGCUUUUUCUUUGCAACUCUGCCUAGGUCAGCAUCCCGGAGUCGCCUCUUCACUGUUGACGUUGAGACUGGUGUUUUGUGGGUACUAUUUAAUGAAGCUGCCAGUUGAGGACCUGUGAGGCGUCUGUUUCUUGCAUGGAAUAGCCUUCAUUUCUCAGAAAAAGAAUAGACUGACAAGUUUCAGAAGAAAGUUAUUUGUUUCUGGACAUUUUGAUCCUGUAAUCGAACCCACAAUUGCUGAUGCUCCAGAUACUCAACUAGUCUCAAGAAGCCAGUUGAGAACAAGUUCUCAAUUACAACUGCGACCUGGCCAAGAUAAAGCAAAGCAGUGCAGUAAAAACAACAACAACACAGAGUUACAUAUGGAAUAAACAAAACGUACAGUCAAUAACACAAUAGAACAUCUAUAUACAGUGUGUGCAAAUGUAGUAAGUUAUGGAGGUAAGGCAAUAAAUAGGCCAUAGUGCAUUUGGCUUUGGGGAUGACCAGUGAGAUAUACCUGCUGGAACGCAUACUACGGGUGGGUGUUGCUAUGGUGACCAAUGAGCUAAGAUAAGGUGGGGAUUUGCCUAGCAGAGAUUUAUAGAUGACCUGGAGCCAGUGGGUUUGGCGACGAAUAUGUAGUGAGGGCCAGCCAACAAGAGCAUACAGGUCACAAUGGUGGGUAGUAUAUAGGCCUUUGGUGACAAAACGGAUGGCACUGUGAUAGACUACAUCCAAUUUGCUGAGUAGAGUGUUGGAAGCUAUUUUGUAAAUAACAUCGCCGAAGUCAAGGAUCGGUAGGAUAGUCAGUUUUACGAGGGCAUGUUUAGCAGCAUGAGUGAAGGAGGCUUUGUUGCGAAAUAGGAAGCCGAUUCUAGAUUUAACUUUGGAUUGGAGAUGCUUAAUGUGAGUCUGGAAGGAGAGUUUACGGUCUAACCAGACACCUAGGUAUUUGUAGUUGUCCACAUAUUCUAAGUCAGACCCGCCGAGAGUAGUGAUUCUAGUCGGGCAGGCGGGAGCAAGCAGCGUUCGAUUGAAGAGGAUGCAUUUUGUUUUACUAGCGUUUAAGAGCAGUUGGAGGCCACGGAAGGAGUGUUGUAUGGCAUUGAAGCUCGUUUGGAGGUUUGUUAACACAGGGUCCAAUGAAGGGCCAGAUGUAUACAAAAUGGUGUUGUCUGCGUAGAGGUGGAUCUGAGAGUCACCAGCAGCAAGAGCGACAUCAUUGAUAUACACAGGGAAUAGAGUCGGUCCGAGAAUUUAACCCUGUGGCACCCCCAUAGAGACUGCCAGAGGUCCAGACAACCGGCCCUCCGAUUUGACACAUUGAACUCUAUCUGAGAAGUAGUUGGUGAACCAGGCGAGGCAGUCAUUUCAGAAACCAAGGCUAUUUAGUCUGCCAAUAAGAAUGCUUUGAUUGACAGAGUCAAAAGCCUUGGCCAGGUCAAUGAAGACGGCUGCACAGUACUGUCUUUUAUCGAUCGCGGUUAUUAUAUCGUUUAGGACCUUGAGCUUGGCUGUGGUACACCCAUGACCAGCUUGGAAACCAGAUUGCAUAGCGGAGAAGGUACGGUGGGAUUCGAAAUGGUCGGUGAUCUGUUUGUUAACUUGGCUUUCAAAUACUUUCGAAAGGUAGGGCAGGAUGGAUAUAGGUCUGUAACAGUUUGGAUCUAAAGUGUCACCCCCUUUGAAGAGGGGGAUGACCGCGGCAGCUUUCCAAUCUCUGGGGAUCUCAGACGAUACGAAAGAGAGGUUGAACAGGCUGGUAAUAGGGGUUGCGACAAUUUCGGUGGCUAAUUUUAGAAAGAAAAGGUCCAGAUUGUCUAGCCCAGCUGAUUUGUAGGGGUCCAGAUUUUGCAGCUCUUUCAGAACAUCAGCUAUCUGAAUUUGGGUGAAGGAGAAGCGGGGGGUGGCAUGGGCAAGUUGCAGCGGAGGGUGCAGAGCUGGUGCACCCUGGACGGGGUAGGGGUAGCCAGGUGGAAAGCAUGGCCAGCCAUAGAAAAAUGCUUGUUGAAAUUUUCGAUUAUCGUAGAUUUAUCGGUAGUGACAGUGUUUCCUAGCCUCAGUGCAGUGGGCAGCUGGGAGGAGGUGCUCUUAUUCUCCAUGGACUUUACAGUGUCCCAAAACUUUUUGGAGUUAGUGCUACAGGAUGCACAUUUCUGUUUGAAAAAGUUAGCCUUUGCUUUCCUAACUGAUUGUGUAUAUUGGUUCCUGACUUCCCUGAAAAGUUGCAUAUCGCGGGGGCUGUUCGAUGUUAAUGCAGUACGCCACAGGAUGUUUUUGUGCUGGUCAAGGGCAGUCAAGUCUGGGGUGAACCAGGGGCUAUAUCUGUUCUUAGUUCUGAAUUUUUUUUAUGUGGCAUGCUUAUUUAAGAUGGAGAGGAAAGCACUUUUAAAGAACAACCAGGCAUCCUCUACUGACGGAAUGAGGUCAAUAUCCAUCCAGGAUACCCGGGCCAGGUCAAUUAGAAAGGCCUGCUCGCUGAAGUGUUUUAGGGAGCGUUUGACAGUGAUGGGGGGUGGUCGUUUGACCACGGACCCAUUACUGACGCAGGCAAUGAGGCAGUGAUCGCUGAGAUCCUGGUUGAAGACAGCGGAGGUGUAUUUAGAGGGUAAAUUAGUCAGGAUGAUAUCUAUGAGGGUGCCCAUGUUAACGGAUUUAGGGUUGUACCUGGUAGGUUCCUUGAUAAUUUGUGUGAGAUUGAGGGCAUCUAGUUUAGAUUGUAGGACGGCCGGGGUGUUAAGCAUAUCCCAGUUUAGGUCACCAAGCAAUACGAACUCUGUGGAUAGAUGGGGGGCAAUCAAUUCACAAAAGAAGGUUGACGACAUCCGAUCCUCGUUUGUUAAGUCUAAUGACACUGCUGGUCCUGCUCACACUGCCCUACCCUAUGCUUUGACUUCUUUCUCCCCUCUCUCUCCAGAUAAAAUCCUGCGACUUGUGACUGCAGGCCGCCCAACAACCUGCCCGCUUGACCCCAUCCCUUCCUCUCUUCUCCAGACCAUCUCCGGUGACCUUCUCCCCUACCUCACCUCGCUUAUCAACUGAUCCUUGACCGCUGGCUAUGUCCCUUCCGUCUUCAAGAGAGCGAGAGUUGCACCCCUUCUCAAAAAACCAACACUCGAUCCCACUGAUGUCAACAACUACAGACCAGUAUCCCUUCUUUCUUUUCUUUCUAAAACUAUUGAGCGUGCCGUCUUUAGCCAACUCUCUUGCUAUCUCUCUCAGAAUGACCUUCUUGAUCCAAACCAGUCAGGUUUCAGGACUGGUCAUUCAACUGAGACUGCUCUUCUCUGUGUCACGGAGGCUCUCCGCACUGCUAAAGCUAACUCUCUCUCCUCUGCUCUUGUCCUUCUAGACCUGUCUGCUGCCUUUGAUACUGUGAACCAUCAGAUCCUCCUCUCCACCCUCUCCGAGCUGGGCAUCUCCGGCGCGGCUCACUCCUGGAUUGCGUCCUACCUGACCGGUCGCUCCUACCAAGUGGCGUGGCGAGAAGCUGUCUCCGCACCACGUGCUCUCACCACUGGUGUCCCCCAGGGCUCAGUUCUAGGCCCUCUCCUAUUCUCCCUAUACACCAAGUCACUUGGCUCUGUCAUAUCCUGGCCACAUGGCCUCUCCUAUCAUUGCUACGCUGACGAUACACAACUAAUCUUCUCCUUUCCCCCUUCUGAUAACCAGGUGGCGAAUCGCAUCUCUGCAUGUCUGGCAGACAUAUCAGUAUGGAUGACGGAUCACCACCUCAAGCUGAACCUUGGCAAGACGGAGCUGCUCUUCCUCCCGGGGAAGGACUGCCCGUUCCAUGAUCUCGCCAUCACGGUUGACAACUCCGUUGUGUCCUCCUCCCAGAGUGCGAAGAGCCUUGGCGUGACACUGGACAACACCCUGUCGUUCUCCGCUAACAUCAAGGCGGUGACCCGAUCCUGCAGGUUCAUGCUCUACAACAUUCGGAGAGUACGACCCUGCCUUACACAGGAAGCGGCACAGGUCCUAAUCCAGGCACUUGUCAUCUCCCGUCUGGAUUACUGCAACUUGCUGUUGGCUGGGCUCCCUGCCUGUGCCAUUAAACCACUACAACUCAUCCAGAAUGCCGCAGCCCGUCUGGUGUUCAACCUUCCCAAGUUCUCUCACGUCACCCCGCUCCUCCGCACACUCCACUGGCUUCCAGUUGAAGCUCGCAUCUGUUACAAGACCAUGGUGCUUGCUUAUGGAGCUGUGAGGGGAUCGGCACCUCUGUACCUUCAGGCUCUGAUCAGUCCCUACACCCAACCGAGGGCAUUGCGUUCAUCCACCUCUGGCCUGCUGGCUCCCCUUCCUCUGCGGAAGCAUAGUUCCCGCUCAGCCCAGUCAAAACUGUUCGCUGCUCUGGCACCCCAAUGGUGGAACAAGCUCCCUCACGACGCCAGGACAGCGGAGUCACUCACCACCUUCCGGAGACAUUUGAAACCCCACCUCUUUAAGGAAUACCUGGGAUAGGAUAAAGUAAUCCUUCUACCCCCCCCCCCCCCCCCCCCUAAAAAAAAUAAAAAUAAAAAUAAAUAAAAAAUAUAACAUAUUGUAAAGUGGUUAUCCCACUGGCUAUAGGGUGAAUGCACCAAUUUGUAAGUCGCUCUGGAUAAGAGCGUCUGCUAAAUGACGUAAAUGUAAAUGUAAAUAUGGUGUUCAGGGCACAGCUGGGGGCUGAGGAGGGUCUGUAGCAAGCGGCAACAGUGAGAGACUUAUUUCUGGAAAGGUGGAUUUUUAGAAGUAGAAGCUCAAACUGUUUGAGCACAGACCUGGAUAGUAUGAUAGAGCUCUGCAGGCUAUCUCUACAGUAGAUUGCAACUCCGCCCCCUUUGGCAGUUCUAUCUAGACGGAAAAUGUUGUAGUUGGGAAUGGAAAUUUCUGAAUCUUUGGUGGCCUUCCUGAGCCAGGAUUCAGACACUGCUAGAACAUCAGGGUUGGCGGAGUGUGCUAACGCAGUGAAUAACUCAAACUUAGGGAGGAGGCUUCUGAUGUUAACAUGCAAGAAACCAAGGCUUUUGCGGUUACAGAAGUCAACAAAUGAUAGCGCCUGGGGAGCAGGCGUGAUACUGGGGGCUACAGCGCCUGGGUUAACCUCUACAUCACCAGAGGAACAGAGGAGGAGUAGAAUAAGGAUACGGCUAAAGGCUUUAAGAACUGGUCUUCUAGUGCGUUGGGUACAGAGAAAAAAAGGGGCAGAUUUCCGGGCGUUGUAGAAUAGAUUCAGGGCAUUAUGUACAGACAAGGAUAUGGAAGGAUAUGAGUACACUGGAGGUAAACCUAAGCGUUGGGUAAAGAUGAAAGAGAUAGCAUCACUGGAGGCACCGAUUGAGCCGGACUCUGCGUGUGUGGGGGGUGGGACAAAGGAGCUAUCUGAGACAGGUUGAGCAGGACUGGGGGCUCUACAUUGAAAAAGUACAGUUAGAACUAACCGAAACAGCAAUAGGCAAGGCAUAUUGACAUGGGAGAGAGGCAUAAAGCAGUCACAAGUGCUAUUCUAGAGAGCUAAGACAACAGCUGAUAAUGGCAACGAAAGUUUGAGCUGAGGCUAAACAGGAUGGGGUACCGUAUAAAGGAACAGUCCAGCAGGCAUCAGCUGUGUAGCUGAGUGAUCAUAAGGUCCAGUGAACAGCAAUAAGUAAGUCCAGGAGCAGUUCAGUGGCUGCUACGCUACAGGCAUGGCUGUUGAUUGUAUGUGCUAGCGGGCCGGGGCUAGCAGAUGGAUCUUCGUGGUCGUCGCAACGGGAAGCUUGUUGAAACCACAUCAGACGAUUACAUCAGCAGACCAGUCGUGAUGGAUCGGCUGGGCUCUGUGUCAACACCAGGAGGUCCCGUCCGGUUGACAGAGAGGUAGAUAGCCGGGAGAUGGGCUCGAGGCUAGCUCAAGGCUAACUGGGGUUAGCUUCAGGACAGUGGUGAUUAGCCAACAACGACAACAACCGUUCGGUUGCAGCUAGCUAGUUGCGAUGAUCCGGUGUUAAGAUCAUUACUUAUUUAAUCAGCACAACAGUUUUCAGCUGUGUUAACAUAAUUGCAAAAGGGUUUUCUAAUGAUCAAUUAGUCUUUUAAAAUGAUAAACUUGGAUUAGCAAACACAACGUGUCAUUGGAACACAGGACUGAUGGUUGCUGAUAAUGGGCCUCUGUACGCCUAUGUAGAUAUUCCAUUAAAGAUCAGCCGUUUCCAGCUACAAUAGCCAUUUACAACAUUAACAAUGUCUACACUGUAUUUCUGAUCAAUUUGAUGUUAUUUUAAUGGGCAAAAAAUUGCUUUUCUUUCGAAAACAAGGAACCUUCUAAGUGACCCCAAACUUUUGAACGGUAGUGUAUGAACAAACACCUUUCUAUAAUAACCCCAUUUUACCCAAAGCCCUGAGAGAUGGUAUUACAUUUUCUUGGUUCAACAAACAAAUAAAAACAUUUGGUAAUCUGUGUAGAGAAGGUGAACUACAGUGAGGGAAAAAAGUAUUUGAUCCCCUGCUGAUUUUGUAUGUUUGCCCACUGACAAAGAAAUGAUCAGUGUGCUCCUAAUCUCAGCUCGUUACCUGUAUAAAAGACGCCUGGGAACCAGAAAUCUUUCUGAUUUCUGGGGGUCAAAUACUUAUUUCCCUCAUUAAAAUGCAAAUCACUUUAUAACAUUUUUGACAUGCGUUCUUCUGGAUUUUGUUGUUGUUAUUCUGUCUCUCACUGUUCAAAUAAACCUACCAUUAAAAUUAUAGACUGAUCAUGUAUUUGUCAGUGGACAAACGUACAAAAUCAGCAGGGGAUCAAAUACUUUUUUCCCUCACUGUACUAUCCUUUCAACAACUGGCAUCUCAUUUUCAGUUACCUCAAACUCAUUUCUUCAAGUACCUACAGGUUAAGCUUUAUAUUGCCACUCAACAGGAAGGUAGGACUCAGCCCAUGAGUAAAUCUACAACUGAUAAACUGUGGCUGGAGAGGGAAGGGUAAAAGGUUUAAUUUCUUACAUGUACUCUAGUCUUCAAGCUCUGCUGGGGAAUGAUGAAGCUCUGAAGGCUUACAUGAAGUGGCAUGAUGACCUUGGUCUCAUUUUUGAGGAUGAGAAAUGAGAAAAGCUCUUUUUAGAUGCCCAGCAUCUUUUAUUUAACACAAGGCACAAGUUGAUAGGGUCUACUUUACACCAGAGAGACUGUAUAAGAUACAUUCUAAAUAUUCAAACAUUUUGCCCAAGAUGUAAAACGGGUUUGGGUUCACUUAUGCAUAUGUUUUUGUCCUGCCCUGAACUAGGCAAUUAUUGGGAAGACAUUAUUCAGUUUCAAGAGUUGUCACCUUAGCUGCCUCAUUAUUAUUUUCUUCAUAAAUGUAUUAAUUAGUCCCGUGUCGCUCAGUUGGUAGAGCAUGGCGUUUGCAACGCCAGGGUUGUGGGUUCGUUUCCCAUGGGGGACCAGUAUGAAAAAAAAAUGUAUGCACUCACUAACUGUAAGUCGCUCUGGAUAAGAGCGUCUGCUAAAAAUGACUAAAAUAUAUUUAAAAAAUACUAUUAUUUGUUUUUGCGUUGAAUAAUUUAUUUUGGAUUUCAAGGUCAUUCUGUUUUCAUUUGUUUUGUUGUUCAUUAUUGAAGCUAAUACCGGGUGAGGGGAGGGAGGGGGGUGUUCAUGGGUUGGGGAGGGAAGGUUUUGCACGAUGUGCUCCCAUGUAGCCUGCUGUUUUGUGUAGGUUGGGGGAAUAACGGGGCAUUAUCCGUGUCAUAUUUUGCUGAUGAUUGUUAAAUUGUAAAAAAAUGGCAAUACAUAUAUUGUAAAAAAACAAACAAAAAAUAACAAUAGUGAAUACUCACAAAGCCGCCGGCCCAGAUGGCAUCCCUGGCCGCGUCCUCAGAGUGUGUGCUGACCAGCUGGUGGGACAUCAUCUUCUUGACAUCUGCUUUAAGGAGACCACCAUCGUCCCAGUUUCCAAAGGUGAUAUGCCAAAAUGACUAUCGCCCCGUCGCGCUCACUCCGGUCAUCAUGAAGAGCUUCAAGAGGCUGAUCAUGGCCCACAUCAAGGCCAGCACACUGGACCCACUCCAAUUUGCCUACCGCUCCAACAGAUCCAUGGAAGAUGCCAUUUCCAUCGCUAUUCACACGGCCGUCGGGACAAGAGGAACACAUACAGUAUGUAAGAAUGCUGUUCAUUGACUACAGUUCAGCAUUCAACAAAUUCAUCAAGCUCGACACCAAGCUCAGAGCCCUGGGUCUGGACACCACCCUCUGCAACUGGAUCCUGGACUUCCUGAUGGGCAGACCACAGGCUGUGAGGAUUGGCAACAACACCUCCUCCACACUGACUCUUAACACAGGGGCCCCCCAGGGGUGUGUCCUCAGUUCUCUGCUGUAUUCCCUGUUCACACACGACUGCGUGGCUUUGCACGACACCAACUCCAUCAUCAAGUUUGCUGACGACACCACGGUUGUAGGCCAACGUCGAGUCAGCCUAUAGAGAGGAAGUAAGUGAACUGGUAUUGUGGUGUCAUGACAACAACCUCUCCCUCAACGUCAGCAAAACAAAGGAGUUGAUUGUUGACUUCAGGAAGCAGAGGAGGGAACAAGCCCCGAUCCACAUCAACAGCACUGCAGUAGAGAGAGUCACAAGUUUUAAGUUCCUCAGUAUCCACAUCACCGAGGACUUGUCAUGGACCAACAACACACCCACUCUUGUCAAGAGGGUGCAACAGUGUCUCUACUUCCUAAGGUGGCUGAAGAAAUGUGGUAUGUCGCCCCGGGUCCUCUCCAAAUACUACCGCUGCACCAUCUAGAGCAUCCUCAACGGUUGCAUCACGGCCUGGUACGGGAAUUGCUCAGUCCACGACCGCAAGGCCUUCCAGAGGGUGGUGAAGACAGCCCAGUACAUCCCUGGGACCGUGCUCCCACCCAUCCAGGAAAUCUACUCGAAACGGUGCCUGAGGAAGGCACGCAGCAUCAUCAAGGACCCCACACACCCCAGCCAUGAGCUAUUCUCUCACUUACCGUCGGGUAGACGGCAUCGAAGCAUGAGGUCUGAUACCAACAGGCUCAGAGACUGUUUCUAUCUACAAGCCAUCAGACUGCUGAACACGUGAACUGGACUGACAACCUGCUCUGCUUCUAUGCACCUUAGCACACAUGCACUCACUCAUGUACACAUCCAAACAGACACACAAUAUACAUUAAUGCUACACACACAUCACAACUGCUGCUACCAGACUCAAAUCAAAUCAAAUUUUAUUGGUCACAUGCGCCGAAUACAACAGGUGCAGACAUUACAGUGAAAUGCUUACUUACAGCCCUUAACCAACAGUGCAUUUAUUUUAAACAAAAAAGUAAGAAUAAAACAACAACAAAAAAGUGUUGAGAAAAAAAGAGCAGAAGUAAAAUAAAGUGACAGUAGGGAGGCUAUAUAUACAGUAAAAUAAAGUGACAGUAGGGAGGCUAUAUAUACAGGGGGGUACCGUUGCAUAGUCAAUGUGCGGGGGCACCGGCUAGUUGAGGUAGUUGAGGUAAUAUGUACAUGUGGGUAGAGUUAAAGUGACUAUGCAUAAAUACUUAACAGAGUAGCAGCAGCGUAAAAAUGAUGGGGUGGGGGGGCAGUGCAAAUAGUCCGGGUAGCCAUGAUUAGCUGUUCAGGAGUCUUAUGGCUUGGGGGUAGAAGCUGUUGAGAAGUCUUUUGGACCUAGACUUGGCACUCCGGCACCGCUUGCCGUGCGGUAGCAGAGAGAACAGUCUAUGACUAGGGUGGCUGGAGUCUUUGACAAUUUUGAGGGCCUUCCUCUGACACCGCCUGGUAUAGAGGUCCUGGAUGGCAGGGAGCUUUGCCCCAGUGAUGUACUGGGCCGUACGCACUACCCUCUGUAGUGCCUUGCGGUCAGAGGCCAAGCAGUUGCCAUACCAGGCGGUGAUGCAACCAGUCAGGAUGCUCUCGAUGGUGCAGCUGUAGAAUUUUUUGAGGAUCUGAGGACCCAUGCCAAAUCUUUUUAGUCUCCUGAGGGGGAAUAGGCUUUGUCGUGCCCUCUUCACGACUGUCUUGGUGUGUUUGGACCAUGAUAGUUCGUUGGUGAUGUGGACACCAAGGAACUUGAAGCUCUCAACCUGUUCCACUACAGCCCCGUCGAUGAGAAUGGGGGCGUGCUCAGUCCUCUUUUUUUUCCUGUAGUCCACAAUCAUCUCCUUUGUCUUGGUCACGUUGAGGGAGAGGUUGUUGUCCUGGCACCACACGGCCAGAUCUCUGACCUCCUCCCUAUAGGCUGUCUCAUCGUUGUCGGUGAUCAGGCCUACCACUGUUGUGUCGUCGGCAAACUUAAUGAUGGUGUUGGAGUCGUGCCUGGCCAUGCAGUCAUGGGUGAACAGAGAGUACAGGAGGGGACUGAGCACGCACCCCUGAGGGGCCCCCGUGUUGAGGAUCAGUGUGGCAGAUGUGUUGUUACCUACCCUUACCACCUGGGGGCGGCCCGUCAGGAAGUCCAGGAUCCAGUUGCAGAGGGAGGUGUUUAGUCCCAGGAUCCUUAGCUUAGUGAUGAGCUUAGAGGGCACUAUGGUGUUGAAUGCUGAGCUGUAGUCAAUGAAUAGCAUUCUCUUAUUAUACUGUUCAAUUUAAACACUUGCCUCCCAAUCCCCCCUUCCCCAAUACACAUGUAAAUAUUGGACUAUAAAUUGUGCCUUCCUGUAUUAUACUUAUGCUAAAAUGUAUUAUUCUUUUCUACUGCCAUUUACUUUAUGCUCAUAUUCUUUUCUUUUAUUCUUUUUUCUUAUUGUUGCAUUGUCGAGAGGGAACCUGCAAGUAAGCAUUUUGUUGGACGAUGUGAUCCAUGCGUAUCCCGUAUACAGUGGCUUGCAAAAGUAUUCACCCCCCUUGGCAUUUUUCCUAUUUUGUUGCCUUACAACCUGGAAUUAAAACUGAUUUUGGGGGGGUUUGUAUCAUUUGAUUUACACAACAUGCCUACCACUUUGAAGAUGCAAAAUAUUUUUUAUUGUGAAACAAACAAGAAAUAAGACAAAAAAACAGAAAACUUGAGCGUGCAUAACUAUUAACUAUAAGUUGGAUGGGUUCAGCAAUCUUUAAAUCAUUCCACAGAUUCUCAAUUGGAUUGAGGUCUGGGCUUUGACUAGGCCAUUCCAAGACAUUGAAAUGUUUCCCCUUAAACCACUUGAGUGUUGCUUUAGCAGUAUGCUUAGGGUCAUUGUCCUGCUGGAUGGUGAACCUCCAUCCCAAUCUCAAAUCUCUGGAAGACUGAAACGGGUUUCCCUUAAGAAUUUCCCUGUAUUUAGCGCCAUCCAUCAUUCCUUCAAUUCUGACCAGUUUCCCAGUCCCUGCCGAUGGAAAAACAUCCCCACAGCAUGAUGCUGCCACCACCGUGCUUCACUGUGGGGAUGGUGUUCUCGGGGUGAUGAGAGGUGUUGGGUUUGCGCCAGACAUAGAGUUUUCCUUGAUGGCCAAAAAGCUCAAUGUUAGUCUCAUCUGACCAGAGUACCUUCUUCCAUAUGUUUGGGGAGUCUCCCACAUGCCUUUUGGCGAACACCAAAUGUUUGCUUAUUUUUUUCUUUAAGCAAUGGCUUUUUUCUGGCCACUCUUCCGUAAAUCCCAGCUCUGUGGAGUGUACGGCUUAAAGUGGUCCUAUGGACAGAUACUCCAAUCUCCGCUGUGGAGCUUUGCAGCUCCUUCAGGGUUAUCUUUGGUCUCUUUGUUGCCUCUCUGAUUAAUGCCCUCCUUGCCUGGUCCGUGAGUCUUGGCAGAUUUGUUGUGGUGCCAUAUUCUUUCAAUUUUUUAAUAAUGGAUUUAAUGGUGCUCCGUGGGAUGUUCAAAGUUUCAGAUAUUUUUUUAUAACCCAACCAUGACCUGUACUUCUCCACAACUUUGUCCCUGACCUGUUUGUAGAGCUCCUUGGUCUUCAUGGUGCCGCUUGCUUGGUGGUGCCCCUUGCUUAGUGGUGUUGCAGACUCUGGGGCCUUUCAGAACAGGUAUAAAUAUACUGAGAUCAUGUGACAUUUCAUGCGACACUUAGAUUGCACACAGGUGGACUUUAUUUAACUAAUUAUGUGACUUCUGAAGGUAAUCGGUUGCACCAGAUCUUAUUUAGGGGCUUCAUAGCAAAGGGGGUGAAUACAUAUGCACGCACCAGUUUUCCGUUAUGUAUUUUUUAUAAUUAUUUGGACUAUUUUGUGUAUGUCCAUUACAUGAAAUCCAAAUAAAGGUUGUAAUGCAACACAAUUGGACACCAAGGGGGAUGAAUACUGUUGCAAGGCACUGUAUAUGACUAAUAACACAUUAAACAUAUUGAUCAUGGUUUGUGAGAUAUCUCCCUGAACCAUUGAUUAUAAAUAAAUAUUCAAUUGCAGUAAAAGCCCUCUACAAGAUACAUUGUUAUGCCCAAGGGUUAUUGCAUUGAAAUGCCAGGUUACAAACUUACAGUAACUGUCAAAACACUACCUUCCUAAAGGAUAUUUUGAGUACAAUGUGUUUUUAAGUUGUUUUUAUGGGUGUUAUUUGAUUUUACUGUUUGUAUUUUCAUACAGUGCAUCCUGAUACAACAUUUCCUGCCAUUGUCUAUGUCUGCCUCUGGCUGCUACAGUUUCUCUCUCUCUCUCUCUCUCUCUCUCUCUCUCUCUCUCUCUCUCGCUUUAUCUCUCUCGCUCUAUCUCUCUCUCUCUCUCUCUCUCUUUCUCUCUCUCUCUCUCGCUUUAUCUCUCUCGCUCUAUCUCUCUCUCUCUCUCUCACUCUCUCUCACUCACUCACUCACUCUCUCGCUCUCUCUCUAUCUUAAAAUAAAAAUACUACUUGAGUAAAAGUCUAAAAGUAUUUGGUAUAAAAAGUAAAAGGAUAAAUCGUUUCACAUGUAUUAUAUUAAGCAAACCAGAUGGCACAAUUUUAUUGUUAUUUUAAUUUAUGGAUAGCCAGGGGCACACUCCAACACUGACAUAAUUUACAAACAAAGUAUUUGUGUUUAGUGAGUCCACCAGAUCAGAGGCAGUAGGGAUGACCAGGGAUGUUCUCUUGAUAAGUGCGUGAAUAAGACUAUUUUCCUUUCCUGCUAAGCAUUCGAAAUGUAUAGAGUAUUUUGGGUGCCAGGGAAAAUAUAUGGAGUAAAAAGUACAUUAUUUUCUUUAGGAAUGUAGUAGAGUAAAAUUAAAAGUUGUCAAAAAUAUAGAACUAGUAAAGUACAGAUACCCCAAAAAACUACUUAAGUAGUACUUUAAAGUAUUUCUACUUAAGUACUUUACACUACUGCUCACACACACAGUUUGUCAUUUUUUUCUCUUCCUCUCCUCGUAGCUUCUUGUUCGGGGGACACAUGGAACUGACAAAACCUACAUCACACUGAUAGAGCUGAGCAACUGUGUGAGUCUGAGAGAGAGAGAGAGAGAGAGAGAAAGAGAGAGAGAGCGGAAGUGAGAGUGGCUCAAAAGGCAGAGCAAGCCCCUUGUGUCAAGCACUUCUUCUCUCUCUCUCCUUGAACGUACACACUUGGUCUCUACCCACUCCGCUGUCCAGCAAGUAUCUAACCCACCCACCCACUUCAACCCGUCCCUCUGAGAUUGACCUGCUUGCUGACUGCUGUAUGAGGGACAAGGAAGGACCUAACACUGGCUGUCCAAAUCUAAUACUGGUAAGAAAAAAUAGUUGUACUGUUCUGUUUCAGAUGGGUACUUUUGUGUCACUCUGCAAUCUGGUUUCUCAGGGGUUCAUCUAUGCUAUUAGAGAUGGGGUGACAAGAGAAUGAGAUGUCACUUUACACUUUACUUAAACUCCACUGUACUUUACUUGACAUGCUCAAGUUAGAGUGUAAGGGUAACAAGUGUGCAGAUGAGGAGAUUUGUUGUUGUUGUGUUUAUUCAAGUUGGUAAAGGCAGGGUUUGUUGUUGUCAUCUUGUUUGAGUCAAGCUCCCCGGCAGAUGUUCAUGUGUCAAGUCUCUCACUGUGCGUUUCUGGAGCACAGCUUUAGCUUUGGUUCUGCCUCUCUUUGUGAUGUAGCUUCCCACACUCGCUUUGUUGUUAAUGUUAAAUAAUACCACACUAAUAUGACAUGCAGAAAAACUCUGGGCAUGUAGGUCUGUGGCAUUCGGAGGAAAAUAUGAUUAUUGUACCUACAGUAUGUUUUUCCUUUUGUUGUUGAAUUCGGAGGUGACGUUGCUCGGGACGAGGAGAGGGUCGAAAAUUGGAAACAGACCCCACCCACCCCUGAGAGUUAGUCAGUCCGCUCAGAACAAGGGAACACAAAACAACAGUCCCACCACCAGUGUCAGAGUGUGUGUGUGUGUACAUGUGUGCGUGUGUGUGCGCACGUGUGUGUGUGUGUGUGUGCGUGCGUGCAUGCAUGGGUGUGUGUGUGCAUGUGUGUAGAGAGAGACACAGGGUAAGGGGAAUUUUCCUAAUGGUUCGUUUUGUUUUGAUCACUCUGAUGUGCUACUUUCUCCCCAUAUGGUUAGUAGAGCUUGCAGAGUGAGAAGGAGGAGAGAGAGAUAGCUAGGAGCGUUGAGAGUGAAUUGGCCUUCUUUCAUAAUCUGACCAAUGUAUUUCCAUGGGUCCCACAGCACUGAUCACUGCCCUACAGGUCCCUAAGCAGGGAAAAAGAACAAAUCAACUAAAUGUGCUUGCAAUUUGUCCAUCUCAUUUCCCCCCAUUACUCCCUUCCUGUCCAUUGGCACACAUCUUCUUAUUCCUUUGAAAAACUGUCUUUAUGAUAGCGAUAGCACAAUUUGAAAUUGUAACAGUAAUGACACAAAAUGGUAAUGAUACAAACGUUUUCUUAGCUGUAUAGCAACAAAAGCUGUCCUAGCUGUAUAGUUCAACAUUUGUGUACUUUACCACUGAUUGUAUUUCUAUGGUGUGGGACAAUCUUCAGGCAACCAAAAGUUGAAAACAUAAAGUCAUAAUCAGAGACUAGAUCAAAACUAGUCAUCAAAAGACACAAAGAGUGCAGAGCAUUCCCAGCUCUUGAUUUCUUGAUCCUCUUCAUCUUGAACUUACAGUGCACCACACAUAAAUCUAGUUUGAUAAAAACACAUGAUUGAACUCAUGGCUCAGCCUUUUGCUCGCUCUCUCGCCCAAAACACUAAAGUUCCCAUCUAUUUUUAAUCUUCCCAGGGCUACUCCGUAUUAUAGUUGUGUCUGUGUGGUUUGUUGAGCUACUAAAUCAGGAGUUUUAUGUCCUUUUUGACAAUAAUGGUCCAUAAUGAUGACAUUCACAAGCUAUUUUGCUCUGACUUGGAGGUGACAAACUCAAAUUACAGUCCAAGGAGUUCUUGUUGGUUUGAGAGUUGAAAGCGCUUCAUAUAGAGGUUUGGACUGAUGUCAUCUAUACCUAAAUCAAUCUCUACUGUUAAGCAGAACAAUUUACUGAAUUCAUAUUGUAGAUGUGCACUGUUUCAUAGAUGCUCACUGCUCACCAUUGAAGUUAUACGAGACGUAGAUGAGAGUAUGUAUUGUAUAUAACACACCAAUUAAGUAUUUCCAUAACAGAGAUGGUGUCUCACUCCAGAGCAACUCUUGUUGAGAGUUACAGAAAAUAGCAUAAAAUCGUAAAAAAGUGAUAUUUCACAAAAUGCCCUCAGUACAUAGUUAUGGAAAGUGCAAAUUGCUCAUAUUUGCAUAGUAACCACUAUGAUUGCACACGGAUUGCACCUUGUGUUAUGCUUCGGACCUAUGGUAUGAGUUCUCAGAAUAUUGCAUUAAUUUAAAUUCAAUCAAAUUAAUUUCAUUUUAGUGGAACAAAAACUCUCUCUGUGAAAUGCCAGAUUGGGUAAUCUGCCUCCGCUUUAAUUACUUAUGGUCAGUAUUUCUGUUGCGGUGAUAAAUCUUCCAACUCAGACUGUGUUUAGUCUGUGGAGGUCAAGAGGUCAAGAGGUCAAAAGGUCACUGUCAGCCAGAAGAAGCCCACUGGGACAUAACACUCUCUCUGGGACAGUAGUUGACUCUCAGUCUUAGUAGAGCAGUGACCUGGACAAUAGGUCAAGUGCAGAGAGGGAAGUGGGCCGUUACGGGUCUGAUGGAUCAUCGACAAUGUUAAGUGUGUGAAUUUCGAACCCACAAUCCUGGCGUUGCAAACGCCAUGCUCUACCAACUGAGUUACACGGGUGAAUGUGUAACAUAGUGAAUGCUUUGGAUGAAGGGGAGCAUGCAUAUAACAGUUGAGUAUGUAUUGGGCAUAAUGGGUAAAGAGGAAGUGUGGUGGGUGAUGUUUUAUUGUAAGACUCCAUUGGGCUUUAGCCAAUGUUGAGAUUCAAUGAGAAGUAGCCACAGGGUGGUCAAAUGGUUCGUUAACUGCCACCCCCUGCUGGAAAGGUUUAGUCAUUGCAUGGCUCUCAGUAUAUUUAUAUAAAAAUAUAACAACAAAAAUAGAUGUUUUAUUGUCACAUACACCACAUAGGUGCCGUUGUUUUUACAGGGUCAUACAUACUAGUACUGUACCCCUGAUUAAGUGCUUUGCUCAAAGGCACAUCAACCGAUUUUUCACCUUAUCGGCUCUGGUAUUAUGAAACAGCGACCUUUCGGUUACUGGCCCACCGCUCUAACCGCUAGGCUACCUGCCUCCCAAAAUUAUAACUACAAAACUAUAUACCAUAAAAUGACCAAUCAUCACUAGUUGUCACUUUGAAAGGUAGCUUUUGAAGGGGGCACAGACACUGUGUGAUAGAGAGUGCAAAAGGGGAAGUGGUAGCCUUUUUCUGCCAUCAAUGACCAAAAACACCCUCUUUGGCCUCAUGGGUGGAAUGUUAUUUAUAUUUUUCAUAAUUUCAUAAUUCAUAAAGAUUUUUUCAAAAAACCUGACUAAAAUCUGGUGUUUCUAUGUCAAACAGUUUUGUUGUAUUUCAGUCUUCUGUGAUGUAUAUAGUGUAAUAUUGGGAUGAAAACUAAAAAUUAAAUACAUUUCAACUCUAUAUCUGACAUGGUACAGGUGUCUUCUUUUUUAAAACCCAUAACCAUGUGUCUGAGGUGUAUACUUUUGCUUCAAAAUAGAUUUGACUAUUUUGACUACCGAGAAUCACUCUGUUCGACCCUGAUUUAGCCCACUGCAGUAAAAGGUUAAUGAUGCUUCAUGUAUGAUGACUAACAACUUUUCUCAAUUCUCACUUGGGGGUGGAAGGAACCCCACUGAUAGCAAUAUAGACCGAAAGGAAAAAUGCUGUACUGUCUAUUUCUAUCCAUUAUUCUGUCCUCCCUCGUCUUUUCAAUUUGUUGUCAUCAAAGCGGUGUGUUCCACGUGAAUUAACUUUGUUGAGCAUUUUAUAUUUUAAACUUACAUAAUACUAGUUUACAGAGUUUCAACUCAUUCCCAUUAUCUCAAAGGAGUCAGGGCACAGGGUUAAAAUGAAACCUACAUUUGAUGUCAUUGAUUUCAAGUUGUUGCUUGCAGAGACCAAGACAUAAGACAAGACAUUUACAACCCUUUGAGGUUACAGUACAUGCGCAAACAGACACACACACACACACACACACACACACACAAAUACACACACAGAGGAGUGUGUGAGGGCGUCGUAUCGCUGCGCUUUCCAGCAUCUCUGUUUCCAGUGAAACGGAGCGAAUGUGUUUUAUCUCUCUUCUCUGUGGCUUAGCAUAACAUAGCAUCUCUACCAGGAAUGGAAAGGCUGAAAGUCAACCCACUGUCGCUAGCAUCUGAACACCUUCAAAGUCACUGCACCACUGCUAGCUAGCGACAGUCUAGUCUGAGGUUUGUUGCAGGAUGUUGACUAGAGUGGUCUCUGACAGAAAACACACUACCCUGAUAUGAGAGGGAACUGAUGUAAUGGCAGAGAGAGACAGUAAAUAUAAUAGACCAUAUCAGUAAAUAGAAUAUACCAUAACUAUACACCCCAGAAAUAUAUAAGACCUUCCAAGUGUCAAAGCUAAUUGUAACCACAUCUUUCACAUGCGCCACGGAAAGUCUGGAACACAACAAUGGUACUUUACGUUCAUUCUCUAAGUUCUUUCACACUUGAUGGACCAGCUUGGUCUUGUUUCCUGCUCUGCCUUGCCAUUGGAAAGGACAGUUUUGCUCAGUGACACACAGCAGUCAUAACUCAGCUGGUGAGUGUCUCACAAUCAGAGAAAGAGACAGUCAGACAGACAGACAGACAGACAGACAGACAGACAGAACAGAACAGAACAGAGACACAGAACAGAGAGACUGAAAUAAAUAGAUGGAGGGUGGUGAACACACCCUGUGGCCCCCCAGAGAUUGAAUAACAGAUUAGUGUUUGCCCAGGGAUAUACCCUCAGGCCUCCACCCAUUACCAGGAAAUCGGUGACUGAGAUAGCAUGACAUAUUCCAGGAAUCAUAACACUGUAUGAAGCUACAGUAGGACUCCUCUGGUAUCACAUCAUAAUUAUAAUCUCUAUCAAAUCAUCUACAUCUGAUAUUUAAUUAUGCUAUAUACAUGUACAUGUUGAACACUUUGAUAGGUGCUGUAUGUAUCUAUCUUUCUUUCUUUCUUUCUUUCUGUCUUUCUUUCUUUUUGGCAAUCUGACCUGUGUGUACGGUAACUGCUGUUCCCUCCAUCACUGCAUUGCCUGACUGCAUUCUUCUCAUUCCUAUUGGCUUCCUGUGCCUGGGAGCGGAGCUGGCACCCCACUGGUCACAGAGCUCAGAGUUGUACAUUUCAGUAUUACUGAGGAAUAUGUGCACGGUAUCCCUCUCUCUUCCUCUCUGUUUCUCUCUGUACCUCUCCACCUUACUUGUCCUCCUCCCCAUCUCUAUCAGCUCUACCCGUCCUCACACACAGACACCUCAGCAUUUAUCUCUCUGACAGAACACAAUGUGUGGUACAGGAGGGCACGAAAAUGUGAGUUUCAACAGCUUACGAAGGGGGUCCCCCAGGGUUCAGUUUUAGGGCCUAUUCUUUUUACACUGUAUAUUAAUUAUAUUGGAAGGAAUGUCAAAUCUACUAAACUCCAUCUGUAUGUCGACAACAUUCUGUAAGACACAACAGCAGUAGCAGUCUGGCCCAUUUGCCACAGUCACAGUUAAACUCUUAGUUCUCACAAUCCUGGUCAUUCUCGGUCAGAUCAGCAGCCACUCCUCAACUCACUGUCCUAGAUAAUAGGAUUAUUCCCUUUAAAUGAGACUAAACGUCCUCCAUUUGGCCAAAUCCUCUGUCUACAAUAUGUCGUUGAGCCCGGCCCAUGGAGAUAACUCUAACCUGAUGGAUGGUCAAAUAGAUUCAAAUCAGGUCAGUUCAUCUUUUGGGAUCGCCUGACCCAGUCUGGCACUGUUUACACUUUGGCUCUCCUAAGUUCAUUUAAGGCGAAAUUACAAUUCCACUCAAAACAAACUGAUAUCAACAAGUUUAUCAGAACCAUAAUACAACACAGAUAGUGUCUCUCCUUUGGUACUCUUGGCAAGAGUAUUCAGCCAACAAGUCAUGGGUUUGACUGUGGGGUGGACCCAAUCCUAACUUGGGAUACGUGCUUGUAGCUUGAAUUUCAACACGGCAUUCCCAUGGAUCAAUACACACUUUAUAUUAAUGUUGUGGCCCGGGGACCGUUUGCGGUCCAUCUUUGAUUAAUUGUGGCCCCCAUUUGUACUGUCAUCAUUUAGAUUUAAUCUUUGAUUCUUUGAAAAUAUGUUAGGAACAUAUUAUUUAAUAUUAAGCAGUACAUGAUUUCAAAGCAAAUGCUGUUGAGGCAAACUGCUAUAAAGCCACAGCCCUUCUGAUGUUUUCCUUCACAGAGGCACACACACACACACAGACUAAAAAAUAAUUUUGGCACAUCUGCCUAACACUAAAAGUAAUUGCCAUUUUUUUCUAUUCCUUUACACCAUAAUGUUUUACAACUGCAAGCUGAAUAGAAGGAGUUAUCCCUCUUCUUUGCUCAACAGAGAAAAAUGUCCAGUUUUAACGUUUUAGAGUGACAAGGCCAUGACCUGUUUUCAAUAAAGUUGGAGUGUUUUGUAUGUGUGUUUGCCACCUCAUGUUGUUGUCUAUUCCAGCAGGGUGAGGCUGCCAUGCUCCUUAUCUUACCCUUAUCUUACCCUCACACUCUGAAGAGUCUAUCUAUGGACACUACUGUAUGUGAACAUCAGGGCAGCACACUAGUAUUCAUCGUCUGUGUUUGUUUGUGAGUUUCUGUCUGUUUGCUACUUGGUACUCUACAUUCAUACACAUACACGUACAAUUCAGUUAACAUCAUAUUGUUUACUAUAAUGCUUUUGCAUGUAUUUUCUACGUGCACUUGCCAUUUGCAGUUUUUCAUUAGUACUCGAGUAUGACUUUUGUUUGUGUGUGUGAACUCGAAAUCCUCUUUAUCAACACAAUAUACCACAUCCUUUCUAUACUCGUUAUUAUCGCUGCAGCAAUAUCUAGUCUAGAUAUGUCUGUGUGUUCGUGUCAGUCUGUUUGUGUGUGCCUCCGCGCACGUGUGUUUGUUUGAAUGGGAUGGUUAUGUGUCAGUGUGUGUGUCUAAGUGCUCUAUUCAAUCCGUAUCAAGGAAAGUCACCAUUACAGCGUGAUUUAAAGUUAAAGGCAAUGUUCCCGCGUUAGCGGAGGGUCAGUGCUAACAUGGAUCCUUGGAGGUCCCUACCCUAACCCUAACCUUAACCUCCACCCAAACCCUAACCUUAACUCUUACCUUAACCAUUUCAAAUGUCAACUUCAAUGGGGUAGGGACGUCUCAAGGACCCCGAAUAGCACGGACCGUUAGGGGAGACUGCAUUCACGGUCAAUGCUGCAUAUUUCAGCUCAAUCGGAAAUCACCUUUACAUUUCUAGGGCAGAAUCUGUAGCCCUAACGCUUCAGCGAUACAGAUGUAAUAAAGCCCUACAUUUAGAGUGAGCUGUUUCAGUGUUAUUGUGUGAUUGUGUGGGCUCCACUUUUAGCUCAAAUGGAUAUGAUUCAGACAGGCAGAUAAAAUGUGUGCCCGUACUCACACACGCGAAGUGUCAUUUUGAGUUCAGCAGGUGGAGCCCUGAGACCGAGGUGGUUUAUUUCACUGUUCCUCAAAGGAGAUUAAUGUGAGAUUAACAGAGCAGCUCAACAGAAACGUCGCAGAAGUUAUAGUUUCAACAAUGCGAAAAUUAGACAGAUUAUGUCAACACCUUUCGUUUAGUUUUUUUGUUCCAGUCAUGUCAAUUGAGUAAUACAGACAUGCAUCGCUGGCGCGUUUGACGAAGGGAAGUAGGCUAAUCAAUUUUUUUUGGAGUUGUCAAGAUAUCUCAUUCGGUACAUUUACAGUAGCCUCAUAUUACAGACAGCCUAUAUGUAUCUCAAAAUUGGACCACAUGUUGCUCACCUGUUGAAUUUUAUUCCCUAAUUAAUAUCAGCGUUGAAGACAUCAAUAAAUUAGAAAACUAAUCGCAAAUUAAUGUGUCAAAUAGUAACUGCGGAGGUAGGCUACUUAUUAUUUGGUCUACUCUUGAAUAGUCUGUACAAUUUAAAUGUAUAAUAUGAACUUGAAUUCUUCGUUUGUAUGAUAUUGCGAGAAUUGAGGCAGAGUUUAGCGCGUGUGAAAUGUUACCACGCUUUUGCGUUUACCCACGUAGUUGAUUAUGCAUUUAUUGAAACAAUCAACCCUCUCGCGUCAUCUGGUUGCCCACCUCAAAACUCACUCAGUGCUGAAUGUAUGUUGUACUCACGAGUGUUUUUCUAUACUCCCCAACAGAUGGACCUAUAGAAUCUGGACGGACCUCAAAUAGUGACAGGCAGACUGGAAAUACGUUUUUCGACAGUGACAGGUAGGAUUCCAUAUUUCACUAAUAUCAAGGUUGUCUGGACUCCAGGUGUAGUGUAACCUGAGGUAGUAUCAGGUGCGUCUGUAAACUAAUGAAUUGCCUGCUGUAAGGAGUGAGCUAACUGCAUGGUGGUGUGGUUGUAUUCUACACCAUGUAUUGUAGGCUAAACUUGCCCAAAUUACUACAAAAGGUGAUAUAGAUAAUUGGUAAUCGUGUAAUUGUGCAACUAAAGCAUAAGCUUGAACAGAAUAGCCUUAUUGUCAGUGAAGGUAUUACAUUUCUAAGAGGCUCAAAUACUACCCAUAACGUAAUUGAAAAGUUUGAUUAUUUGAUGUACUGUAGGCUACUGUAGUUUAUGAGUAUGGCUGAUGUUGCGUAGCAAUGGGUGAGAAGCUGUGUGUGUGUGUUUGUGUGUGCAUGUGAGAAUUGGAAAAACCUGGACACAUGAGAGUAGCACACACACACACACACACACACACACUAGACAGGAUGAGGUCAUAGUCCUAGUAAUGUGAGGAUAUAGUUACGCAGUUUCACGUAUGCAAUGCCAGAGGAAUUGACUCUACUCUCCCAUUGUAUAGCCUUUUAGAUCUCUUUCUCUCCCUCUUGUUCUCCUCUUUCCCUCUUUCUCUCUAUCCCUCUCAGAUAACCAACUUAAUUCACUGUAUGAGUGUACGUGCCUGUCUGCCCCGCAUGCCUUUCUGCAUGCCUGUGUGUGUGCAUGCCUGCAUAGAUGCGCUAAAACAUUUUUAGUAUCACUUUACCUGAAAGUGUCAUUAGCAGGGCUAGUCACAGCCUCAGGCCGACUCCAGUUGUUGUGACUUCCAUUUGCUUAGUCAUGCAAAUGUUAUAACAGUCACAGUGUAAAGGAGACUGUGAUUGAGGGUUUAAGUGAAAUGUUAUAACCUUACCUUGGAGGUUUCUGUUAGGUGCCACUGCCAUGUGUACAGGGUUUGAACUACACUUUUUCUCAUGGGGUGGUAUCACGAUACUAUGAUACUACAUUUUCCAUAGCAAAAAGGAAAAGAUGAUGCAGACUAAGAUCUUGGGGGUGGUUUCCUGGACACAGAUUAUGCCUAGUUCUGGAUUUAAGAGCAUGCUCGAUGGAGAAUCUCCAUUCAAAAAUCUUUUUAAUCCAGGACUGGGUUUAAUCUCAGUCUGGGACACCAGCCCAUAGUCCUUUAGGCACUUGCUUUAUGUAAAACUGACAUUAAGGAACUUAAAAAGGAGAACAACUUUCUGAGAGAAGCCUUACUAGACAUACAAACUAGAUCGAUGAGAGAAAAUCUAGUACUUACGGGUAUCCAAGAAAAAGAAGGUGAGGUUGCCGAAAAAAUGGUGAAGGACUUCUUUCUUACAGCGCUUCAAAUCCCACUCGAGGCUGUCGAUAAAAUCCAACUCGAACGUGUACACCGUUUCGGACAAACAGGACAGAGAUAUGAGCGUCCAAUCGUUGCCAAAUUUGCUUUUUUUAAGGAUAAAGUAAUGGUUAAAAGCCUAGGUAAAAUACUUGCUGGCAUGAAAAUAGGCAUGAAUGAUCAGUUUCCGAGGGAGAUUGCAGAACGGCGCAAAGUUCUGUACCCAAUCUUCAAGGAAAAUAGAUUAAAAGGGAAGCGUGUUGCUCUCGUUGUCGAUAAACUGUGUAUUGAUAACCAAAUAUUCCGCAACACAAAGACUACUCCAUGGCUAUUCUGAAAGUUCUAAUAGAGGAGCCGAAUAAUGGAACACCCAAUACUAGCCAUGGUAGGGAUUGUAAUAAUAAAGCACAUUUAUAGUAUGUAUAGUAUUUUAUAAAGGGAUAAGACGGUAUUACAAGAAAAGAUAACAAGCAAAAUAAUACAUCUUCAAAUACAACUAAUUAGAACACAAGUACUCAAUCAACAUAGUGGAGGUAAAAACAUAGCAAACAGAAGACAUAGAAGGCACAGUAUGUGGGAAUGUGUGGAUGUAUUGUGAUGGAAGGUGUGGUGUGUGUUUUUGUGUUUGAAAAAGUGUGGCAUUAAGUGAGUGAGAAAGGAAAUGGUUGCAUAUUCCAGAACCAACGUGUGUCUGUGAGCAGGGGUUGUGAGAGAGAGCUUUCAAUUUUGUGCAGAUGAGGGAUAUACAUUUAGAAAUAUAAUCAAUUUUUUUAUUGUCCUAUCAUGAUGGAACGAUCCCCAACCCUAUUCCUAGACACCAACCUGAGCGACCCAUACACCAAAGAGAAGUCCCCAUCUGUGUUAUAUAUAUAUGGCAAAUAGAAAUCCAAUAUGGAUGAUAUUAAGAGAUAGAUGGGUGGUGUUGAAUGAAGUUGAAGGAUGGGACUAAUAACAACUAACAAUAACUAAUAACAACAAUAUAAGUAAUGUAAAGCAUACUGUGUCCAUAAUAAGUAUAUAGGUUAUAGGUUGAGAGCUUUUGUGAAAGAGCACAGUUAGAAAGAAAUGGCAUAUAGAAGCAAACCGGAUGGACAUCAUGAAAAUAAUCGGCAAGGUUAAGGGUAGAGGAAGUUCAGGAGUAAAAACAAACAAAAUAUAAUUAUUGUAAAAUUGGCUGUGUCCAUAAAAUGUAUGUAGUAUGUAUAAGCCGGAAGUAGAGGCCUAAGCAUUGUUGUUCACUAGUUUACUCCAAUUAGGGAAUGGGUGGUGGGGGUUGGAAAGGAAUAAAGGGAAAUAUAUAUAUUUUUAAAAGGAUAUGUAUAUGUGUAUGUAUGUGUAUUUAUAUGUAUGUAAGUGUAUGUAUAUAUAUAUAUAUAUAUAUAUAUAUAUAUAUGUGUAUAUAUAUAUGUAUAUAUAUAUGUAUGUGUAUAUGUAUGUAUAUAUAUAUUUGCGAGAGAGAAAAAAAACAUAUGGGGGAUUGGAAGUGAUGCAGACAAUUACAUUGAUGGAAGUUACAAUCUAUCUGCAAUAUUAAAGCUGAUCUACCCCCUAAAGUAAAAAUAAAUAAAAAAUAAAAUAAAUAAAACCAAACGCAUAUCUUGACUUGAAAGAGUUCCAUUGUUGGAUAGCCAUAGCCAGCUAGUUAACAUAGCAUCCCUCUCUGUUUGAGCCGGGUGUUUGAGUAGGCUAAAUUAGCUAGCUGCAUUCGAUAGCUAAGUAAGUGAAAGUGAAAAAGAAUACAACAAAAUAUAGCUAUCUCUCUCUCGCUCUCUUGCUUCUCCUUUAUUUUUAAAUAAAUACAUUUGUUCAAAACUGUUAAACUAUUGUCUUUCUCUCUCUUUGAGUCAAUUGCUCACCAAAUGUUAUGCACUGUAGUGCUAGCAUGCUGUAUCUUUUGCUUUCAGUACUAGAUUCAUUCUCUGAUCCUUUGAUUGGGUGGACAACAUGUCAGUUCAUGCUGCAAGAGCUCUGAUAGGUUGGAGGAUGUCCUUCGGAAGUUGUCAUAAUUGCUGUGUAAGUCUAAGUUAGGGGUUGAUAACCACGAGCCUCCUAGGUUUUGUAUUGAAGUCAAUGUACCCAGAGUAGGACAGAAACUAGCUGUCCUCCGGCUACACCAUGGUGCUACCCUACAGAGUGCUGUUGAAGCUACUAUAGACAUUCAUUGCAAAUCAGUGUGUUUUAAUCAAUUAUUUGGUGACGUGAAUAUAUUUAGUAUAGUUUUAUCUAUACUAGGAGCAUCUGAAAAUGUCAUGGUUAUGUAGCUAGGAUCACAGUGUGUGGACGUCUAUUGGAUAAAUAGAUUAGCAGGGUGAGUUGGAUUGACCAUUCAGUGGUUUGGAUGACCAUUGAGUUUUACGAUUACCACUGAAGCAUCUAUUGGCAUGCAUGCCGUACAUCCUCUUUUAUAAGGCUGUUUGUAUGUCACUGUGGUUGUAAGCAUUCACAUUGGAAUGGAAUGUACACAGAGUGUUGGGAUUGUGUGUGUGUGUGGGGGGGGGGGGGGGGGCACAGAACUGUCAUGAGGCAUGAUUUGGAGUUAUAUUGUGUUAUACCAGUGUUAUACCAUAUCUAUUGUCAAGUUAGCACAGGCAUCAAGUCAAUCUCAUGACGUUGUUAUGAGCAUCUCCUUCUGAGCAUGUUACCUCCGUUUUUUACACUUUACACUUUUUUACAGUUGUUUUUCACAGCCCGAAACCUGGCUCUUGUGACCUGUCUCCUGAGAAGAAGAAAAAACAAAAUCAAAAGCGUUAAAAAAUUGUGGGUCUGUUUUAGCCAUAGAGAAAUGUUGGGCAGCAUGCAUAAGAACUGGUGCGAUUGUGACUCUCUCUCUCUUACACAUCUCUUUCUCUUUCUCUCUUGCUCUCUCUUUCUCAUCUCUCUCUCAUGUCUCUCUCGUCUCUCAAAUAUGAGUCAGCGACACCUCACCUUAGCCCUGAGGGGAUCGGCUUCGUGAAAGGACUUGAUGCCCCCGUGACAUUGACCUCUGACCUUUUGAUUGAUUGGCCAAUGGAGUCAUUGGGAAGGAUGAAGUACAACAUUAACAAAGAGAGAGAAAGAGUGAAAGAGAGAUGAAGUGAAAGAUACAGUGAAAGAGAGAGAGAGUAAAAGAGAGGAAGACAGCUUGAAAGGAGAGUGAAAGACAGAGUGAGUGAAUGUGAGAAAGAGCCUCUUUUGCACAAAGUGUCUUUUUGUGCCACUCAGUUUAAUUGGUAUAGUCAAAUAAGAGGAAGUGUUACUUUUGCGGUGGCAAAGUUAGUUGUUACUUCAUCAUGAUUGAAAAUAUCUGUAGUGAACUACUUUUUUUAAGUAACUUUAGUAUUUGUGUUAAGGGUAGCUUUAGUGUAGCUUAACUUCUUCCAGUGUGAAUAACAGUUGAAGUCGAAAGUUUACAUGCACUUAGGUUGGAGUCAUUAAAACUCGUUUUUCAACCACUCCACAAAUUUCUUGUUAACAAACUAUAGUUUUGGCAAGUCGGUUAGGACAUCUACUUUGUGCAUGACACAAGUAAUUUUUCCAACAAUUGUUUACAGACAGAUUAUUUCACUUAUAAUUCACUGUAUCACAAUUCCAGUGGGUCAGAAGUUUACAUACACUAAGUUGACUGUGCCUUUGAACAGCUUGGCAAAUUCCAGAAAAUGAUGUCAUGGCUUUAGAAGCUUCUGAUAGGCUAAUUGACAUCAUUUGAGUCAAUUGGAGGUGUACCUGUGGAUGUAUUUCAAGGCCUACCUUCAAACUCAGUGCCUCUUUGCUUGACAUCAUGGGAAAAUCAAAAGACAUCAGCCAAGACCGCAUAAUUUUUUUUGGGACCUCCACAAGUAUGGUUCAUCCGUGGGAGCAAUUUCCAAACGCCUGAAGGUACCACGUUCAUCUGUACAAACAAUAGUACGCAAGUAUAAACACCAUGGGACCACGCAGCCGUCAUACCACUCAGGAAGGAGACACCUUCUGUCUCCUAGAGAUUAACAUACUUUGGUGCGAAAAGUGCAAAUCAAUCCCAGAACAACAGCAAAGGACCUUGUGAAGAUGCUGGAGGAAACAGGUACAGAAAUAUCUAUAUCCACAGUAAAACAAGUCCUAUAUCGACAUAACCAGAAAGGCCGCUCAGCAAGGAAGAAGCCACUGCUUCAAAACCGCCAUAAAAAAGCCAGACUACGGUUUGCAACUGCACAUGGGGACAAAGAUCGUACUCUUUGGAGAAAUGUCCUCUGGUUUGAUGAAACAAAAAUAGAACUGUUUGGCCAUAAUGACCAUCGUUAUGUUUGGAGGAAAAAGGGGGAACACUUGCAAGCCGAAGAACACCAUUUUAACCGUGAAGUACGGGGGUGGCAGCAUUAUGCUGUGGGGGUGCUUUGCUGCAGGAGGGACUGGUGCACUUCACAAAAUAGAUGGCAUCAUGAGGAAGGACAAUUAUGUGGAUAUAUUGAAGCAACAUCCAAAUGGACAAUGACCCCAAGCAUACUUCCAAAGUUGUGGCAAAAUGCCUUAAGGACAACAAAGUCAAGGUAUUGGAGUGGCCAUCACAAAGCCCUGACCUCAAUCCUAUAGAAAAUGUGUGGGCAGAACUGAAAAAGCGUGUGCGAGCAAGGAGGCCUAUAAACCUGACUCAGUUACACCAGCUCUGUCAGGAGGAAUGGGCCAAAAUUCACCCAACUUAUUGUGGGAAGCUUGUGGAAGGCUACCCGAAACGUCUGACCCAAGUUAAACAAUUUAAAGGCAAUGCUACCAAAUACUAAUUGAGUGUAUGUAAACUUCUGACCCACUGGGAAUGUGAUGAAAGAAAUAAAAGCUGAAAUAAAUCAUUCUCUCUACUAUUAUUCUGACAUUUCACAUUCUUAAAAUAAAGUGGUGAUCCUAACUGACCUAAUACAGGGAAUUUGUACUAGGAUUAAAUGUCAGGAAUUGUGAAAAACUUAGUAUAAAUGUAUUUGUCUAAGGUGUAUGUAAACUUCCGACUUCAACUGUAAUUGGUAGCUUGGUAACUAUAUUUUCAGAGUAGCUUCCCCAACACUGGUCAUUACCUAAUGUUUUCAUAGGAAUGUUCCAGUGACGUGCAAUAACUGUUUCCAAGAGACCAUUCCCUUACUGUCAAACAGAACUUACCCAGAACGUGGUUACCAUCUUCUCAGAAUAUUCUAUAUUAAUUUUCUAGACACGUUUCAUGGGCACUUUGCAAGAACAUUCCUGUGUCCAGUUUUCUAAGGGUUAGGAGAAUAUUCCAUCAACGUCCCAUCAAACAUACACAGAAUAUGGUUGCCAUGUUUUCAGAAUAUAAGAUAUUCAUGUUCUAGACACGUUUUAUUAGAACGUUGCAUGAACAUUCAUGUGUCCAGUUUUCUGUGGGUUAAGAGAAUAUUCCAACAAUGUCCCACGAAACAUUCACAGAACAUGGUUGCCAUGUUCUCAGAAUAUAAGAAAUUAAUGUUCUAGGCAUGUUUCAGGAGAACGUUGCAUUAACAUUCAUGUGUCCAGUUUUCUGUGGGUUAGGAGAAUAUUCCGUCAACACAAACAUAUGUGACUGUCUCAAACCACUGUUUUUGAAAAAUAGUACCGGUAAGCUUCAUAAUGAAAAAUUAUCUAACAGGCGAAAUGAUGAACGCGAUCUGUUUUAUCUAUUACUUAGUGCACCAGUUGAAUGCAGGUAUUUAUUUAAAAACUACAAAUAUUCAAAUGUAUUAAAACAAUGUUAUUGACAGUAUUACAUUGCAUGGAAGAGCAAUGCCAAUUGCAUGGUUUGUGUAAGUAAACAUUCUCUUCCACACACACCCUCCAUAGAACUCCAUACGAGGCUUAACAUAUUGACAGGCACACACACGCCAUACACAUACACACACAAAGACACGAGUGUGUGCAUGCAAUUCGUGACACUAUAAAUACAUUGACAUGCAUAUAUACCACACAUGCACACACACACACACACACACACACACACACACACACACACAAACACACACACAUCAUACACUCACAAAGAGACAAAUGUGUGUAAGUGGCAAGUGGGUGAUGCUAUAAAUAUAUAUAUACACACACACACACACACACAUAUACACACAUACACACUUGAACAUAUGCACACACUUGCUUUGCAGGAAUGUUCACAGUGACACAAGUGUUAACCAACAGGUGACACUAUAAAUAAACUAGCACGCCUAGUUACCUACAUAUACUACUUCAACCCACACAAAGACGUGCUGUGUGCCCGUAAAGAGACAAAUGUGCCCUAUUAAUACAUGGGCACACACACAGACAUUCAUAAGCACACUCGACUGACACACACAGGCAUACAUAGGCGUGGUUAGACACACACCCACACCCUCUCACUCACACACACACACACACACACACACACACACACACACACACACACACAUACACACAUACAUACACACACACAGUGAGGAAGGGGGAUGGAUUCUCCAGCUGCUUGGAAGCAGAGGGACAGAAUGUCCCCAACAGCUGUGGAUUCCUCCAGUAGUGAAAGAGAAAGAUGGGAGGAUGGAGGGAGGGAGAGAUGGAGGGGUCCUAGGAAAGUGGCUGCUUGGGGUCAAGAAAAACAGCCAUCACUUUGUCACCAACACUACGCCCUGUGGAAGGUGUUUUAAUUGUCUCUUACCAUUUUCACACUACCAUGCCAAACAGUGCUGACUCUGAUAUUUACUGCUUGGUUCAGCUUAGUUUGGCUCAGUAGUAUGAAAAGGCCUUCUGUGUUCCAACUAAUUCUAUCCAAAUACCAAGUUAGACUCUUUUUAUAUCUGCAAUUGGUCCUAUACAGAUGUACAGUAGGAUCUUGAUCACCCUGUUGCAGGAGAACUUGCAAUGCAGGAAAUGUAAAACUUGUAGUCUAUUUGAGGUUUAAAAAGGCUUCUAAAGUCUGUAAUUUCGACUUUGAAAUUUCAGACUGUUGAAGCCUUUUUAAACCUCAAAUAGACUACAAGAUUUACAUUUUGUGCAUUGCAGGAAAGUUCUCCUGCAACAGGGUGAUCAAGAUCCUACUGUACAUAUGAACAAUUUAUCAACUCCCCCCCCUCCCCCAGUUGGUUGUACCCGCUGUAAAUUCAUGACUGGGGCACUGAGUAGGCGGCACUGUGGGGAAGGCAGCUGCUGGUCUGUAUUAAAAACUGAGCCCUGGCAACCACAACCGCUCGAUCCAAAAUGGCCGCUCGAUGAUCCGAAAUGGUCAGAUAGGUGUAAGCAAAAUGGUGAUAUGUUUACAACAUAUAAUUUAUUAUACCCAUUCAUUCCCAACUCUUUCUUCUUCCUACUAUUCUACCACCUUCUCAAUGUCUAAAAUAGUCAAGUUGUUCAAUAAAUCCCCAGUAUAUAAAAAAGGCUAAUUGAUGAGAUUUUUUAUAUAUUUUUUUUACAUUUAAUAUAAAGUUGCAGCAUCACAGUGGUGGGUUAGAUAUUGCAUCCUCAACCAGUGUACCACAAUGGCACCCGUGCAUUAUACAAUCUCUACCACAGACAAUCUAGCCAUGAACCAAUCAGUGUGCAGAAUAUGUCCAAUGCCCAAUGUUUGUACAUUAUACUAUAUGUGAUGUAAAAAGAGAGGUCUACUUUCUUGGGGACCUGAAUAUUGACUGGUUUUCAUCAAGCUGUCCACUCAAGAGGAAGCCUAAGCGUUACAUCAACCUACCGGGGUGUUUACAAACUCUACAGGAACAAGAUCAUCCACAUGUAUUGAUCACAUUGUUCUAAAGCUGUAUCUGUACCCAUUGGAUGCAGUGAUCAGGAAAGCCAAAGUUCCAAAAGCUGGGCCUGAAAUAGUAUAUAUGAGCCCAUACAAAAGAUUUUGCUGUUACUUUUAUGUGGAUAAUGUUACAAAUAUUUGUUGGUCUGAUGUGAUUAAUAAGGAGCAUCUAGAUGCGGCACUUGAUUAAUUUAUGAAAUUGCUUCUUCCAAUUAUUGAUAAACAUGCACCUGCUAAGAAACUGACUGUUAGAACAGUUAAGGCUCCAUAUAUUGACGAGGAAUUGAAAAACUGUAUGGUUGAAAGAGAUGGGGCAAAAGGAGUGGCUAAUAAGUCUGGCUGCACAUCUGACUGGCUGACUAAAUGCAAAUUGAGAAAUUAUAUGACUAAACUCAACAAAAAGAAGAAGAAACUGUAUUAUGAAGCCAAGAUCAAAGAUAUAAAGAAUGAUGGAAAAAAUACGUUGGAAUACUUUAAAUGAAAUUUUGGGCAGAAAGACAAAUUCAACUCAAAAUUGGCAAAGUGGGCAAACUUAGGCAUGAAAUGCCAGCAAUGAACAGUGAGCCAUUGUACUCAUGCAUAAAAAAAAACUAAUAAUGAAAGAAAAGCAUUUCAAGUUUGAAUUUUGAAAGUUAGUGUGGGAGAGGUGGAAAAAAUAUUAUCGAUCAAUAAUGACAAACCUCCUGGCAUUGACGACUUAGAUGGAAAGCUACUGAGGAUGGUAGCUGACUCUAUAGCCACUCCUAUCUGUCAUAUCUUUAAUCUGAUCCUAGAGGAAAGUCUUUGUCCUCAGACCUGGAGGGAAGCCAAAGUUAUUCCGCUACCGAAGAUGGUAAAGCGAUCUUUACUGGUUCUAACAGCAGACAUAUCAGCUUGCUGCCAGCUCUUAGCAAACUGUUGUAAAAAAAAUUGUGUUUGACCAAAUACAAUGCUAUUUCUCUGUAAACAAAUUAACAACAUACUUUCAGCAUGUUUAUAGAGAAGGGCUCUCCACAUCUACUGCACUGACAGAAAUGACUGAUGAUUGGUUGAAAGAAAUUGAUAAUAAGAAGAUUGUGGGAACUGUACUGUUCGAUUUCAGUGCAGCCUUUAAUAUUAUUGACCAUAACCUGUUGUUGAGAAAACGUAUGUGUUAUGGUUUUACAACCUCUGCCAUAUCGUAGAUUCAGAGCUAUCUAUCUAAUAGAACUCAGAGGGUUUUCUUUAAUGGAAGCUUCUCUAAUGUCAAACAUGUAAAGUGUGGUGUACCACAGGGCAGCUCUCUAGGCCCUCUACUCUUUUCUAUUUUUUACCAAUGACCUGCCACUGGCAUUAAACAAAGCAUGUGUGUCCAUGUAUGCUGAUGAUUCAACCAUUUAUGCAUCAGCAACCACAGCUAAUGAAGUCACUGAAACCCUUAGAGUUGCAGUCGUUUUGGAAUGGGUGGCCAGUAAUAACCUGGUCCUGAACAUCUCUAAAAAGAGCAUUGUAUUUGGUACAAAUCAUUCCAUAAGUUCUAGACCUCAGCUAAAUCUGGUAAUGAAUGGUGUGGCCGUUGAACAAGUUGAGGAGACUAAAUUACUUGGUAUUACCUUAGAUUGUAAACUGUCAUGGUCAAAACAUAUAGAUUCAAUGGUUGUAAAGAUGGGGAGAGGUCUGUCCAUAAUAAAGAGAUGCUCUGCUUUUUUGACACCACACUCCAAAAAGCAAGUCCUGCAGGCUCUAGUUUUGUCUUAUCUUGAUUAUUGUCCAGUCGUGUGGUCGAGUGCUGCAAGGAAAGACCUAGUUAAGCUGCAGCUGGCCCAGAACAGAGCAGCACGUCUUGCUUUUCAUUGUAAUCAGAGGGCUAAUAUAAAUACUAUGCAUGCCAGUCUCUCUUGGCUAAGAGUUGAGGAGAGACUGACUGCAUCACUUGUUCCUUUUAUAAGAAACAUUAAUGUGUUGGAAAUCCCAAAUUGUUUGCAUAGUCAACUUACACACAGCUCUGACACACACACUUACCCCACCAGACAUGCCACCAGGGGUCUUUUCACAGUCCCCAAGCAUACAGUAUUAUAUAGAGCCAUAUGCAUGGACAUGAACACCGGCCCAUCUCCACCGAGAAAAUUACAGGGUUUCGAAAAAAGUAAAAGUGAAGGCUCAACGGGCACAACGCCUUCUGGCUUGUGACAUAGAUCGUUUUGGUGUGUGUGAAUUGAAGCCACCAAGGGCUUUUUAAAUUGAUGUAGUUCUGUCAGGAGCUGUGUUCUUGGUCUAUAUGGCAAUGUUUCAGAGUUUAGCAGGUGUGGACCCCAGAAGAAGUACAGUAUUAUAUAGAGCCAUUAUUGCAUGGAACUCCGUUCCAUCUCCUAUUGCUCAAAUGAACAGCAAACCUGGUUUCGAAAAACAGUUAAAGCAACACCUCACGGCACAACGCCUCUCCGCUAUUUGACAUAGAUAGUUUGUGUGUAUGUAUUGAUAUGUAGGCUACGUGUGGCUUUUUUAAAUUGAUGUAGUUCUGUCUAUGAGCUGUUCUUGUCUAUUAUGUCAUGUUUCAUGUUUUGUGUGGACCCCAGGAAGAGUAGCUUCUGCUUUUGCAACAGCUAAUGGGGAUCCUAAUAAAAUAACAAAAAUACCAGCCCUUUAUGUAUUGUGUGAUUUACCUAGCAACUCCACUAUGCUACUUUCAGUUCACCUUCACCUAACAAUAAACAAUAUCUAGAUUGUGAGGUUGAGUUGUUAAAAAUAACAGGCAUCUGUAACACACACGCACACAUACACAUUCAACUAAAAUAGCAUCAUCUGCUUGCCUAAAUGAACCAGAAGGAUGUCAAUGGUGCAGACUAACUUUAGCAACAGGAUGUCACUGUUUCAGUUUCUCUGUGAGUGUGUGUGUGUGUGUGUGUAUGCAUGUCUUUGUCUGUGUGUGAGUUUGAGUAUGUCUGUCUGUGCAUGUUUGUGUGUGUGUCUGGGUGUGGUGGUAGGCUGUUGCUGCAGCAUCCGAGAGAAUAACAAUGGUUGUGAAAGUGAAGAUCUCAACAGAGACCAGAAGUUUGUCUCGUGUCUAUUUUUAGCAACAGAAAUACUGAUGUGAUAACUGUUAAUCGUGUUAAUAUUAUCAUCGAGUUUCCCCUUAUUUUUUAGACCUUAUGAUGAAGUCUUAUGUGUACCAUUUACCACACCAGGGAGAAAAACGAUUUGGGUUUGCACGCAGGGUAUGGAGGCACACAGGGUAUGACCAAAUUUGUGCUCCGUGCUUCAAAUAGGACUACAUUUCACUGACUGAGAACUCUACUGUAUGGGGUCGUAAAGGUAGCCUACACUUGAGGCACUUUAUGAGUGAUAGAUAUGUUUCCUAUAUGUGUCUCAAAAAGCACUUCAUAACAAUGCGGUUGUAAAGUGUCCUUAAUCACUUCAAAGCAGUGCAAUACAGGUAUCCUUUACACAGACAGACAAGUUCUCCAAAAACUCAGAAGUUCUCAGAUUUUCAUAUCUGUGUUCAUAUCUGUGGUUGGCAUUUUCAUGUUGCAUGCUAAGUGUAGCAUACAUUACAUAAAGUAUACUGUCAAUAGUUGGUGUAGUGUUUCUGAGCUACAUAAUGGCUGUGGUUCCAUUGUAAGAACACAGCCGGUGGUUAUGUGUUGUUCACUAGAGACUUCCUGAUCAUUUCCUAUCAGGGCAUAAAUUAGGGCUGGGUGAUAUGGACAAAAUGUCAUAUCACAAUAUUUUUCACAUUUUUGACAGUAUGAUGGUAUUUUAUGUUUUUUAAUAAUAAAUGUUCUAAAUAUGGUUUCUGAGUAUCUCAUGACCCUAGGGUGGCAACAAAUAAAUGAUAGGUGAUUUCAAUGGGGCUUUCUCCAUUUAUACUGUUCAAUUCAACUCCAAACAAAAAUAUUAUUUUUGCAUUUUCCUCAAUUGCUGCAUUUCCUGCACUUUUAUUAUAAUUUCCACACUAUGCCAUGCAGAAUGAUUUGGGCAAAAAAUCUAGGCCUAGUUAAUUAGUGAACUGUUGGAAUCAUGGAAAUAUAAUGAUUAUUCUAAUUCUAUAGUUGGAAGCACCUGUCACGAUCGUCUAAUGAGGAGGACCAAUGCGCAGCGUUGAAGGUGAACAUGACUUUAUUAAAUUAAAGCCGAAACACGAAAACAACAAACAAUGACGAAACGUGAAGUCCUCCGUUACAAUGACUGACAAGGAACAAAAACCCACAACCCCAAGGUGAACAAUGACAGUUUAAAUAUGGCUCCCAAUCAGAGAUAACGAGCCGACAGCUGACACUCGUUACCACUGAUUGGGAGUCACUGGACCAAACAAUGAAACACAACCAAAUACAACACAACCAAAUGAACACACCCUGGCUCAAAAUACACAGUCCCGGAGCCAGAGCGUGACAGUACCCCCCCCUAAAGGCGCGGACUCCGACCGCGCCUACACCCCAAAUAGGGAAGGGCUGGGUGGGUAUUGUUCCUCGGAGGCGGCUCCGGCUCCGGGCUUGACCACCACCCUAUUACAAUCCCCCCGUAGUGCCCCCAGUCCGAUCUGACCCAGUUAGCUGGAUCAGGACUGCCGACGCGCACCCCUGGCUUGGCGCGUGAGGCAGGAAUGGACCGGACCUGGCAGACGAUACGCACCCUUUGCAUGGUGCGUGGAGCCGGAACAGGCCUCACCAGGCUGAAGACUCGCAUCCCUGGCUUGGUGCGAGUAGCAGGAAUGGGCCGAAUCCGGCUGACGACUCGCACCCUUGGCUUGGUGCGAGUAGCAGGAAUGGGCUGAAUCCGGCUGACGACUCGCACCCUUGGCUUGGUGCGAGUAGCAGGAAUGGGCUGAAUCCGGCUGACGACUCGCACCCUUGGCUUGGUGCGAGUAGCAGGAAUGGGCUGAAUCCGGCUGACGACUCGCACCCUUGGCUUGUUGCGAGUAGCAGGAAUGGGCCGGACUGGGCUGGCGACGUGCACCACAGACCUGGUGCGGAGAGCAGGAACGGGCAGAGCCGGGCUGACGAGACGCACCACAGGCUUGAUGCGGAGAGCAGGCACGGGCAGAGCCGGGGCUGACGACGCACACCACUGGCUUGGUGCGGGAAGCUUGGAUGGGCCGGACUGUACUGGGGACACACACCACUGGUCCUACACCGGGAUCUGGAACGGGCCGGACCGGACUGGCAACACACGCCAGUACCUCUCGCCGUGCCUCUACUUCCUCCAUCCCCUCUUCGACCAGUGGCCCCCGUAACCCGGCGGCCUUCUCCGGCAACCCACUGGGCCGCUCUAUCGCGGCCUCCUGCUGGUCCGACGUCGUGAGCCCCCCCCUAAAAAUUUUCGGGGCGUCUCUCCUACCCGUGGACCAGGUCUCCAUAUUGCUCGCCAGCCUCUCGCCCUUCUGCCAUAGUGUCAAGCCCUUCUCCUCCUCACUCGGCUUGACCCAGUCCAGGAGGCGAAGGAGAUCUGUGAGGGAUCUCCCUGGCGACGGCUCCUGGACCCGCUGCUUGGUCCCAUCUUGGUGGGUUUUUCUGUCACGAUCGUCUAAUGAGGAGGACCAAUGCGCAGCGUUGAAGGUGAACAUGACUUUAUUAAAUUAAAGCCGAAACACGAAAACAACAAACAAUGACGAAACGUGAAGUCCUCCGUUACAAUGACUGACAAGGAACAAAAACCCACAACCCCAAGGUGAACAAUGACAGUUUAAAUAUGGCUCCCAAUCAGAGAUAACGAGCCGACAGCUGACACUCGUUACCACUGAUUGGGAGUCACUGGACCAAACAAUGAAACACAACCAAAUACAACACAACCAAAUGAACACACCCUGGCUCAAAAUACACAGUCCCGGAGCCAGAGCGUGACAGCACCUUGAAUACAUUGUUUGACAUGACAAUGAAUGAAUAAACUAGUGAGGUAUUAUUGACACGGUAGGAACCACAGUGUUGGUCAGUGUUUCCAAGUGACCCUAAUAAGAUGUUACAUUACAUGUUUUCUUAUUUCAUGUAGCUAGCUAGCUAACAAACAUAUUCAUGCUUCGCCUGUUCCUCUCUGUUAAGAUACCGUUUCACAAACAUGCUUAUCUAGGCCUAAACCAGUACUGGUACCAGGCAGUAUUAGCUAACUAGCUAUGUUUGCUCUAACUCUUAGCUGUCUAGCUAGCUUUCUAAAUGUACUAACUAGCGAUUAGCAUUAGCGGCAAAAUAUAUAUAUAUUUUAGCAACACCUUGCUAAGAAAAGACAAACUAGCAAACAGUAGUUUGCAGACAGUGAGAUACACAAACUAAUUGUGUAAUUAUAGAACGCUUGUGGAAAGCAGCAUUUCACCAACAUUGGUGCAUCCAUCUGACCAGGCAGAGUGAAAGGCAAGAAAUUGUUCAGUGACUCCGUGGUCGAGCAACUGCUCUCUCCUUGAGUGACAGGGGGCAGGGCUUGGCGUGGUUAGCGACAUGCAGCAGCAGGAGAAGGAGCGAGAUUACUCAAGUAACAAACGAGUAAACAAUUAAAACGGACAGAGUUGCGUAUCACAUUUAACAAAUCAAACAUUGAAAUACCGUUAUAGAAGGUAAAGUAAAAACUCAAACUGGUCCGUGAAUCAAUACCGGUAUAUAGUAAAAUACGGUAUACCGCCCAGUCCUAGCAUACUUCAGUGGGGCUCACACUUUGUUUAUAGUCGUCUGCUGUGUGUGUGUGUGUGUCCCCAACCAUUUCCUCUGAAAACACACAUCUCUUUCUGCUGGUAAUACACAGUGUUCUCAUGCCUCUGGGUAAUUCCUGUAGUAGCUGUUUUUGUUCUCAAUCAUGAAGAGAGAUGGCAACGUUAAUAGUUUUAUCCAUACUGAAGUACCACACUGGAUCUUGUAGAUAAAGUGCCUGCUUCUUCAAAUACCCAAUUCGAGAUGGAAAACAAACAUGUAGCCGUAUACACAUACAUAAACACACACACUCACACAUGCACACACUGAUGUGAGUUCACAGAAAUAUCAAUGUGUCUGGAUGGAAUAAGAUCAGGUGAUGCUGGUCACACCUGGGCAUCCUCGUCCGGCAUCCUUGUUGAGUCUUACCUCACUGACAGUAAGGCAGGGUGUAUGUGACUUGGUAUUUUAUUAGGAUCCCUAUUAGCUGUUGCAAAAGCAGCAGCUACUCUUUCUGGGGUCCACACAAAAAAUGAAACAUGGCAUAAUACAGAACAUUAAUAGACAAGAACAGAACUAUGUAGCCUACAUAUCAAUACAUACACACAAACUAUCUAGGUCAAAUAGGGGAGAGGCGUUGUGCCGUGAGGUGUUGCUUUAUCUGUUUUUUGAAACCAGGUUUGCUGUUUAUUUUAGCAAUAUGAGAUAGAAUGGAGUAUGCAUGCAAUAAUGGCUCUAUAUAAUACUGUAUGCUUUCUUGAAUUUGUUCUGGAUUUGGGGACUGUGAAAAGACCCCUGGUGGCAUGUCUGGUGGGGUAAGUGUGUGUGUCAUAGAGAGAGAGAGAGGGAGACAUACACUCGAGAUUCAGUACACUCAGUACACGCUUACCUCUUUAAAUUUAAACCUGGAGCCUCUCUCGCUCUUUCGUUCUCUCUGACUGGCAUGUCUGUAAAAACGCACAUGCAUGCAAACACACUUACAGACACAGAACCAAGGUUACCCACACUCAAGACACUCCACACCGUAGCUCUCAUGGCUUUAUUAGUUAUUAUGGCGAUGUAAGGGUCUAUUAUACUAAAAUGCACCCGUUAUCCCAGAGGUACAAUCUUACUGCACCACACCCCGUUCUAAAGAGUUCCCCAGAUGUACUGGAGUCUGUUGUUUGGUGAUGGGACUGUGUGUCAUGCAUAUUUGACCUACAGUAAUAAGUGUUUGGGUGUGUUUUCCUUCUGAAAGUACUGUCUGACUGAACGCUCUCGCAGACGUCUCGCUCUUAGUCAUUUCUCUACUCAGGGCACAUAUUCAUAAAUUGUCUCAGAGUAGCAGUGCUGAUCUUGGAUCCGUUUUUCCUUUCCGAUCAUAAUGAACACAAUUACAUUGACGAUUACAUACUGUUUUCCUGGAGUCAUUUUGGACCAAUGCUAAUUGCUAAAUAGGGUAACUCUUAUACCCAGUGUUAUAAUGCACCAUGGAUCCUAAUAGGUAUUUAUAAGUGUAUUCAUACAUUAUAAACAGGUGGCUCAUAGAAAACGAUAUGGUAAAGAGUUUGUGUAAACCUACUGUUCACUACUACUGUCCUAAUGAACUCCUACUGUUCACCAGGUCAUAAAUGGCAGUGUAAGUGUAAUUAAGGUGACUCAUAGACAGUGUUACGGUAAAGAGUCAUGGACAUUGUGUAGCUAGCUAUACAGAUAGUUCACAUUUGUUUUGACUGUGAGGACCUUAAUCCUUACUUGUCCUAGUUGUCCUACCUAGCUGAACAGGGUUUACCAGUGUUAGGACACGGGCACUCUAUGGGAAGUAUGUGAGUAACGCUGCUGACUACUGUUUGUCAUGGCAUUCAGAAACAGUGGUACAUUUCCAUCAUAUUCCUCCUCUCCCACCCUGAGGGGAAAGGUGUCUCCUCCCUCCAUUUCUGUCCUUUCUUUCUAUCUGCAGUAUUUUUAAUACUUGGAGGAAGAGUAAAGUCUCUAUCCUUUUGACACCUUAACAUGAUGCAUGUUAAGGUGUCAAAGUUACAGUUCAUAUAAGAAAAUCAGUCAAUUGAAAUAAAUUCAUUAGGCCCUAAUCUAUGGAUUUCACAUGACUGGGAAUACAGAUAUGCAUCUGUUGGUCACAUAUACCUUUAAAAAAAGGUAGGGGCGUGGAUCAGAAAACCAGUCAGUAUCUGGUGUGACCACCAUUUGUCUCAUGCAGCGCGACACAUCUCCUUCGCAUAGAGUUGAUCAGGCUGUUGAUUGUGGCCUGUGGAAUGUUGUCCCACUCCUCUUCAAUGGCUGUGAGAAGUUGCAGGAUUUGGGCGGGAACUGGAACACACUGUCGUACACGUUGAUCCAGAGCAUCCCAAACAUGCUCAAUGGGUAGCAUGUCUGAAUAUGCAGGCCAUGGAAGAACUGGGACAUUUUCAGCUUCCAGGAAUUGCGACAUGGGGCCGUGCAUUAUCAUGCUGAAACAUGAGGUGAUGGCGGCGGAUGAAUGGAACGACAGUGUGCCCUCAGGAUCUCGUCAGGGUAUCUCUGUGCAUUCAAAUUGCCAUCGAUAAAAUGUAAUUGUGUUCGUUGUCCGUAGCUUAUGCCUGCCCAUACCAUAACCCCACCGCCAUCUUGGGGCACUCUGUUCACAACGCUGACAUCAGUAAACCACUCGCCCACACGACGCCAUACAUGCUGUCUGCCAUCUGUCCGGGACAGUUGAAACCAGGAUUCAUCCGUGAAGAGCACACUUCUCCAGCGUGCCAGUGGCCAUUGAAGGUGAGCAUUUGCCCACUGAAGUCGGUUACGACGCCAAACUACAGUCAGGUCAAGACCCUGGUGAGAACAACGAGCAUGCAGAUGUUCUUCCCUGAGAUAGUUUCUGACAGUUUAUGCAGAAUUUUUUCGGUUGUGCAAACCCACAGUUUCAUCAGGUGUCCGGGUGGCUGGUCUCAGACGUUCCCACAGGUGAAGAAGCCAGAUGUGCAGGUCCUCUGCUGGCUUGCUUACGCGUGGUGUAAGGCCGGUUGGAUGUACUGCCAAAUUCUCUAAAACGAGAAAUGAUAGAGAAAUGAACAUUCAAUUCUCUGGCAACAGCUCUGGAGGAUAUUCCUGCAGUCAGCAUGUCAAUUGCACGUUCCCUCAACUUGAGACAUACAGUACCAGUCAAAAGUUUGGAUACACCUACUCAUUCCAGGGUUUUUCUUUAUUUUUACUAUUUUCUACAUUGUAGAAUAAUAGUGAAGACAUCAAAACUAUGAAAUAGCACAUAUGGAAUCAUGUAGUAACAAAAAAACGUGUUAAACAAAUCAAAAUAUAUUGUAUAUUUGAGAUUCUUCAAAGUAGCCACCCUUUGCCUUGAUGACAGCUUUGCACAUUAUUGGUAUUGUCUCAACCAGCUUCAUGAGGUAGUCACCUGGAAUGCAUUUCAAUUAACAGGUGUGCCUUGUUAAAAGUAAAUUUGUGGAAUUUCUUUCCUUCUUAAUGCGUUUGAGCCAAUCAGUUAUGUUGUGACAAGAUAGGGGUGGUAUACAGAAGAUAGCCCUAUUUGGUAAAAGACCAAGUCCAUAUUAUGUCAAGAACAGCUCAAAUAAGCAAAGAGAAACGACAGUCCAUCAUUACUUUAAGACAUGAAGGUCAGUCAAUCUGGAACAUUUCAAGAACUUUGAAUGUUUCUUCAAGUGCAGUCGCACAAAAACCAUCAAGCGCUAUGAUGAAACUGGCUCUCAUGAGGACCGCCACAGGAAAGGAAGACCCAGAGUUACCUCUGCUGCAGAGGAUAAGUUCAUUAGAGUUAACUGCACCUCAGAUUGCAGCCCAAAUAAAUGCUUCACAGAGUUCAAGUAACAGACACAUCUCAACAUGAACUGUUCAGAGGAGACUGCGUGAAUCAGGCCUUCAUGGUCGAAUUGCUGCAAAGAAACCACUACUAAAGGACCGCAGUGGAGAAGGUGGAAAGCUUCAAGUUCCUUGGCGUACACAUCACUGACAACCUGAAAUGGUCCACCCACGCAGACAGUGUGGUGAAGAAGGCUGCAACAGAGCCUCUUCAACCUCAGGAGGCUGAAGAAAUUUAGCUUGGCACCUAAAACCCUCACAAACUUUUACAGAUGCACAAUUGAGAGCAUCCUGUCGGGCUGUAUCACCGCCGGGUACGGCAACUGCCCCGCCCACAACCGCAGGGCUCUCCAGAGGGUGGUGCGCUCUGCCGAACGCAUUACCGGGGGCAAACUACCCACCCUCUAGGACACCUACAGCACCGGAUGUCACAGGAAGGCCAAAAAGAUCAUCAAGGACAUCAACCACCCUAGCCACUGCCUGUUCACCCAGCUAUCAUCCAGAAGGUGAGGUCAGUACAGGUGCAUCAAAGCUGGGACCGAGAGAAUGAAAAACAGCUUCUAUCUCAAGGCCAUCAGACUGUUAAAUAGCCAUCACUAGCACAUUAGAGGCUGCUGCUGCCUAUUGAAAUCACUGGCCACUUUAAGAAAUGGAACACUAGUCACUUUAAUAAUGUUUACAUAUCUUGCAUUACUUGUCUCAUAUGUAUAUACUGUAUUCUAUAAUAUUCUACUGUAUCUUAGUCCAUGGCGCUCUGUCAUUGCUUGUCCAUAUAUGUAUACAUUCUUAAUUCCAUUCCUUACUUAGAUUUGUGUGUAUUGGGUAUAUGUUGAGAAAUUGUUAGAUAUUACUUGUUAGUUAUUACUGCACUGUCGGAGCUAGAAGCACAAGCAUUUCGCUACACACGCAAUAACAUCUGCUAAACACGUGUAUGUGACAAAUAAAAUGAAAUUUGAUUUGAUUUGAUAAGAAGAAGAGACUUGCUUGGGCCAAGAAACACGAGCAAUGGACAUUAGACCGUUGGAAAUCUGUCUUUUGGUCUGAUGAGUUCAAAUUUAAGAAUUUUGGUUCCAACCACAGUGUCUUUGUGAGACGCAGAGUAGGUGAACAGAUCACCGACAACGACAAUGAUGAGACAGCCUAUAGGAGGUCAGAGACCUGGCCAUGUGGUGCCAGGAUAACAACUUCUCCCUCAACAUGAUCAAGACAAAGGAGAUGAUUGUGGACUACAGGAAAAGGCGGACAGAGCACGCCCCCAUUCUCAUCUACGGGGCUGUAGUGUAGCAGGUUGAGAGCUUCAAGUUCCUUAGUGUCCACAUCGCCAACAAACUAUCAUGGUCCAAACACACCAAGACAGUCGUGAAGAGGACACGACAAAGCCUAUUCCCCCUCAGGAGACUGAAAAUAUGCGUACGGCCCAGUACAUCACUUGAGCCAAACGUCCUGCCAUCCAGGACCUCUAUACCAGGCGGUGUCAGAGGAAGGCCCUAAAAAUUGUCAAAGACUCCAGCCACCCUAGUCAUAGACUGUUCUCUCUGCUACCGCACGGCAAGCGGUACCGGAGCGCCAAGUCUAGGUCCAAAAGGCUUUUUAACAGCUUCUAUCACCAAGCCAUAAGACUCCUGAACAGCUAAUCAAAUGGCUACCUGGACUAUUUGCAAAGCACCCCAUCCCCCACCCACCCCCUCUUUUACGCUGCUGCUACUCUCUGUUUAUUAUUUAUGCAUAGUCACUUUAACUCUACCUACAUUUACAUAUCACCUCAAUUACCUAGUCUAACCUGUGCCCCCACAUAUUGACUGGUGUGGGGGUGCUUUGCUGGUGACACUGUCAGUGAUUUAUUUAGAAUUCAAGGCAAACUUAACCAGCAUGGCUACCACAGCAUUCUGCAGCGAUACGCCUAUCCCAUCUGGUUUGGGCUUAGUGGGACGAUCAUUUGUUUUUCAACAGGACAAUGACCCAACACACCUCCAGGCUGGGUAAGGGCUAUUUUACCAAGCAGGAGAGUGAUAGAGUGCUGCAUUAGGUGACCUGGCUGCCACAAUCCCUCGACCUCAACCCAAUUCAGAUGGUUUGAGAUGAGUCGGACGGCAGAGUGAAGGAAAAGCAGCCAACAAGUGCUCAGCAUAUGUGAGAACUCCUUGAAGACUGUUGGAAAAGCAUUACAGGUGAAGCUGGUUGAGGGAAUGCCAAGAGUGUGAAAAGCUGUCAUCAAGGCAAAGGGUGGCUAUUUGAGUCUCAAAUAUAAAAUAUAUUUUUAUUUGUUUAACACUUUUUUGGUUACUACAUGAUUCCAUAUGUGUUAUUUCAUAGUUUUGAUGUUUUCACUAUAAUAAUAAUAUAAUAUGCCAUUUAGCAGACGCUUUUAUCCAAAGCGACUUACAGUCAUGUGUGCAUACAUUUUUACGUAUGGGUGGUCCCGGGGAUCGAACCCACUACCCUGGCGUUACAAGCGCCAUGCUCUACCAAUUGAGCUACAGAGGACCUAUUAUUCUACAACGUAGAAAAUAGUAAAAAUAAAGAAAAACCCUUGAAUGAGUAGGUGUGUCCAAUCUUUUUACUGGUAGUGUAAAUAUAUAUAUCGUUUAUUUUAGUUUUUUUCCCCAAACCUUUGACUGGUACUGUAUGUGAUAUUGUUUUGUGUGACAUUCCUGCAGUCAGCAUGCCAAUUGCACGCUCCCUCAAAACACCUGUGGCAUUGUGUUGUGUGACAACACUGCACAUUUUAGAGUGGUCUUUUAUUGUCCCCAGCACAAGGUGCACCUGUGUAAUGAUCAUGCUGUUUAAUCAUCUUCUUGAUAUGCCACACCUGUCAGGUGGUUGGAUUAUCUUAGCAAAGGAGAAAUGCUCACUAACAGGGAUAUAAACACAUUUGUGCACCAAAUUAGAGCAAAAUAAGCUUUUUGUGCAUUUGGAAAAUUUGUGGGAUCUUUUAUUUCAGCUCAUGGACCAUGGGACUAACAUUUUACAUGUUGCGUUUAUAUUUUUGUUCAGUAUAAUAUGGCCCCUUUUUGUCCUGGGAAUUUAGCUAACAUUAUGGGCAAUAUUUGUCAUGAUUGGUCACAGCCAGGUUCUCUUCCAUCAAUGCACUAUACAUUAUUUAUAACUACUAACAAACACUAACUACACACAAACGUGUCAUGACUAUUCCUGACUAAAAUAAGGAACAACAAUUCAUGAACAUAAGGAUUCGACAAGUAGUUAACCUUGAUGCCCACUAAAUGUUCAUUCAAUAACCUGUGACUCAGAAUAAGAUUUUUGUGGGACAUGACUCUGAGUUUGGUUUUAUUGUCUUGCACUUUCUGGCUAAAUGUAGCCUUGUUUCUGGUAAAAACUCGAUAGAUUUGACAAAUUCACGUAUAUGACUCAAAUGCCUUUGCCACACAAUGUUCUAAUCCCCUCUUCUCCCCCUCACUUCCUUCAUUCUUUCGUUAUUUUGUGGCUGUCUUACUUUCUUCACAUUCUCUCUUUCAUCUCCUUUUUGGACAGUGGCCAAGACCCUUUGAGCAGGAUGACAUGAAGUGUGACUGUUAUUCUAAAUUCAAGUACAUAAUACAUACACAUGUGGACAAACUCUCAACACACAAACUUUACAUACACUGAAUCUCAUUAUCUGACAAUGAAUUGCCUGAUGUAAGGACUGGACAUGAUGUGCUAUGACUAGAUAGUAGAUACUCUCUUACACUUGAUAAUCAGCCAGUAUUUUGUUUUGAUCUAAUCUAGUUGUUCAUUGUCCUGAAUCAUCUAAAUACUUGGACAGAGACCAGGUGUGGGAUAUGGUUGUUGUUAUGGUGUUUGUUUGUGUGUGUGUGUGUGUGUGUGUGUGCGUGCGUGCGUGCAUGCGUGUGUGUUUUUAUCACACAAGUCUAGACUAUUCCAUGGGGUCAGUCAUCCCUUUUCAAGUGUGUCCCGGCACAGACAUCUGCAUGGGGGCAUUGACUGGGCAGUGAAAAGAAACAACACAAAAUAAAGAGAGAGUAAAAGAGAGGACAUAAAGGGAGAAGGUGAGAGUCAUGGCAGGGUUUUCUAUGUGUUGUUUUUUGUCCCAAUAGCAGGGACAGUCCGCAGACCAAUUAACGAACUUCAGUCUGGACCUUAGAAUUCAGCACCUCAGCUUCGGUUCUUUCCUGGUUUACCCGUUCUCCAAUCUAACAAAUAAAGCCUUGGAUCCUCAUAACUAAUCAUCUCUCUCUUUCUUUUUCCUCUCUUCCUCCCUCCCUCUCUCCAUAGUGGAUGGGCUAAUCCCUCGCGAGGCUUCGUCACCCCUCUUAGCCGGUGCGGCCCAUGGACCUGCAUACCCAGGGGCUGGUGCGACCCGGGCCGGACUCAGCCAUGCUGGCCCCCCACCUUCCCCCAUUCCUGGGGGCCUUCUCAGCCCAGCACUGUGCCAAGUACUCCCAGCAGCACCUGCCACAGCACAUCCAGGUGAGCAUCCCUUCCAUAGAGAUGGAUAGAGGGCACACUUCCAACAUAGCCUGCUUUAAAAUGUAAAUAGCCCACAACUGCACUGCCCAAGCUGUCACAGAAGCGACCAAUGGCAAAGAUAGGAGGUGUGCCCUCUUUCCAUAUGAUCCCUCUCUUUCCAUUGACUGAUAUCACUUCCUAAAUAUAAUCUUCACUGCACCCAAAUUAAUUGAAAUGUUAAUGGUCUCGUUUCAGUACGAGUAUGACAUGGAGCAGAGUUGGCAGGAGAAAGAGCAGGAGAAGAGAAUGGAGCUGCAGCAGCUGAUGCACAAGGAUAAAAGCGAGCAGAGUAAGUUACAGCGCCCCCUUGCCCUGUGGAGGACAAAUGGCAUGCAAUAGAAAUGAGUGCAACGUUAUCAGUAUGUUAUGUAUAAGGGAUUGCUUACAGUACCAUGUAAACUAUGCUAACCAUGUCAUCUUUUUAGAAAUGCAAUGUAUGAUGACAGCUGUGCGGUCUUGUAGGUAGUGUAGGUGUUUGUGUGCAUGGGUUUCGGUUGUUUAUUUUGGAUGCCCCAAUAUGAUCCUCAGAAUGUUGUUGUCUGGAACAGAUGGAGUUCCUUAAGUUUAGUCACAGUCUAUUUUCACAUGAAACCUAAAUCAAAAAAAGGAAGCAAUUCACAUGGAGCACUUAAUAAUUGUACAAUGUCAUGUUGUUUGUUGUCUUUUACUUUCGGGAAGGAAGUGCCUAUUAAAGAAUGCGACCAAGCAAUCUGUCAAUCACCAAAUUCCUAAGAACCUGCCCUUCAAAGUUCAGCUUCAAUAACUGGUCCUUGUAUAACUUGCAUUAUGCAAGUCAUAGCAGUCAGACAUUUGUCUGACUGUUGUCUGACUGGUAAUUACAAGGGAAAUGCCUAGCAUCUUUCCUCUUUUUCUAAUAUUGAAAUCUUAGGUAGGCGCAUUGAAUACUCAGCUUUGAUAAUCAGAAAUAGAGGUAGAUUAUAGAUUUUUGACUCAUAGUGAAACUGCUUGUCAGUUAUUAUACAAUACAGAUAAAAUUGGUAUAUUUGAAUAUAUUGUUUAUAUCCCACCGCUAACACCAAUAGAUCAAGAUUCAGUCAGCUUAGAAUGCUGCACCUAGCAUUGGUUAAUUCCCAGGUUCUUGUCUCUGAUUGGGUGACUCUGUUGACGGACAGGUGCUGUGGCCAGUCCCCUGGUGAAACAGAAACUCAGAAGCGAAAUCCUGAAGAGGAAGGAGCAGGCCGCCCUGGAGAGGACCGCCUCCAACCCCUCCAGCAGCACCACACCCAGGGGUUACAGGUGAGAGACGACCCAGUAAAGACUUCGAUUCAAACUGUGACUUCGAGAGAGAGCUGAGUGCACUCAUGAAAAUACACUGUUAUUAGACUCCCAUGGCUUUGGUGGGACUACCAUCUUGUUCUUUUCACCUUUCCAAUCUUGUCCCACAAAUUAUCCUCAUAAGAGAUGGAAGUAAGAAAGAUUUACCUCUGACAAUUUGGAUAAGUCUGAGUGACUCAUUAGAUUAGGUGAUAAGCCUGGCUGACUGACUCACUGACUUGUAUCUAUGGCUGUGCCACAAGUCAAUCAAUCAAUCAAUUUUAUUUUAUAUAGCCCUUCUUACAUCAGCUAAUAUCUCGAAGUGCUGUACAGAAACCCAGCCUAAAACCCCAAACAGCUAGUAAUGCAGGUGUAGAAGCACCACAAGUGAAGCAUUAUUUCACAAAACAAUACUUUACUGUCCAUUUUCAUCAACAUUAUUGUUGUGAGCUCACCAGUACAUACACAAAAUUGAUACAGCACAAUACAAUAAACACUUAACAAUGAUUGUUCAUGGUUUUGGUGGAUGACUCUCAACUGGCUGUGUUGAUUGCAUAGGGAAUUGGCCCAAGAUCCUGACAUGACCACAAAGCCUCACAUGGUGACCCCUGCUGUCCAUCAUCCACUAUGUGACCAACGCAAGGACAUGCCCCUCAGAAGAACAGGUGAGUAAUGUUUUUCUAUGUAGUUUGUACUUUCUUUGUCGAGACAUUUGUACUUUGUACAGUACCGUUACAACAAGAUCAUUUCCCGUUCUCACUAUGGUGUCAUUGUAAACAAUAUGCAGUUGACUCCUGACAAUGGUUUGGGUCUGCCAUCAAUGAUGAGCUAAACUGGAGCAUAGGAGUGCUGAUCUAAGAUCGGUUUUGCCUUUUAGUACAUAAUGAAUAAGAUUACAUGGAUAGGGGGGACCUGAUCCUAGCACUCAUAUUCUGAGACACUUUAUGAAUACCGGCCUAGAUCUGCAGAGCAAAUUAAUGUACUACAUGCCUUUAACACAGAGUAGGUAGCGCUUGAGAAGGCAGUACAGAUUCAAGUUAAAGGGAGCCAUAUUACAUUACUCCCAUUUGUAGUUGUUGGGUGAGUUAUGCAGUUAGAUACACGUUAACACACAUAUACUGAACACUGAUGUAGAGCCAGAGACACAGUAGGAGUCACCAAGCCUACAAGGCAGGCGAAAGAACACCAGAGGGUGAAAUUACGAGAGAGAGAGAGAGAGAGAGGAGAGAGAGAGGGUGAGACUGUGAGAGAAAGACCAAAAGCCAUUACAUAACUAAAGUAUGUGUAAAAUGAACCUCGUGUGAGAAUCUCAGGCAUGUCUGUCUGACUGACUGGGUGUAUGAAUGAUGUACGGAUAUAGAGAUGAAUAGAGGCCAAACUUGCCGUGGUCACAGAAGUUAACAAUUGCAAAGAUAGUAGGUGUGGCCUCUUUCCAUUAUAUGCAUAAGUACUACUAAGGAGUGGUCCCUACUAACUAUGUCACCUUGGAGGACUAUUGCAAUGCCAUUAUUUACCUGUGUUAUCCUAGCAGCAUUGGCCAUUCGCGGCUACACACCCCUCUGUCUACGUAUUGAAAUCCGACAACAAUACCAUACUGUCAUCGACGUCUUUUGUCUGUGCUAAGCCGCUCGCUGAUUGAUCGUUUAGUUAGGCCUAUUGUGGUCAAUGCCAAAGUAAACAUGAAACUUUAGGCGCUGCUGUCAACUUUUCUGUUAUUUGUUCAGCUGUGCUGUAGAAGAGCUUCGGGGUUUUGUUAUGUAAAAGGAAUUGGUUUAUGACGAGUUAGCACAUUAUGGAUUUGUAGCCAUUUCUAUUGGCCAGGGUAUGUAGUGAUUUUGCUCAGCAUUUAUGUAGUCAAAGUCGAUUUACUUUUUUUGUUUAAUACUGUUGGGGUCUGUUAUAGAAUGGCGAAGGUGCAUAAAGACGGAGGAAUUCAGAUAUUACGUCAUUGUUUUUACACUACCCACAUAGUUGUUAAACUACGGUGUGCAUCAUGGUUCAAUGUGCCAGUAAUCUCGGCACAAUCUACUUUUUAGUUUUUUUUAAAUGCUGCCGUCUUGGAGCUAGAAUUGGGAUCAUUCCGAUACAAAAAAAAGAGUAACGGAGGGCAAUGUACAAUAUAGCGAACUUAGCAAACAAAGCAUUUGUGGUAAGUACAUGGGGGCCACCAUCUUUAUGCUCCUUUGCCAUUGUCUUGGAUUGGCCAAACUCAAAGAACAUACAUUCUAUGUUGUGUGUGUUUGUGUAUGUAUUUGUGUGUGCUUUUGUGUGCGUGAAUGAAUGAAUGUGUGUGUGUGUGCAUGUGUGUGUGUGUUCAGCCUCGGAGCCCCUCUUGAAGGUGAAGAGAAAACUGAAGAAGCACAUCAACUCCAGACAGAACCCUCUCCAACGCAAGACCAGCGCUCCGCCUACUGUCAAGCACAGAACACCGGACCCUCUGGGUAACGUAGUCCUUCCUGCCUCGUUGUGUCCACUUUCUAUCAAACCAGCCUCUUAUGAUAUCUCUUCCUGGUGCUGUAGCCACAGUGUCUGACCACUUUGGCCUCGGCCUAACUCUAACAUACAUGGGUCGUAUUCAUUAGGGCACACCAUAUAAUCAUUUUGUUUUGCAGUGGGAAAUGUAAACAAGUGUUUCCUAUUGGACAAUUUCAGGUAGUCCCACCCGGUUUCAGUGUGUUUACGUCCCUAUGGUGCCAAAUGAAUACGACCAGUGAUUAGUUUAAUCAGGUGUGUUAGUGCUGGGUGGACUAGUCUUUGUGUACCGCCACUAACACACACACACACACACACACAUACACACAAAAACUCACAUUUAAAUAUGUUAUCCUAUAUGUAAGUAUCUCAUUUGCUGAUUGGCUAUCCCUCCCUUCCAUCCUGCAGACUACUCCCCCAGCAGCAGUAGCACUCCAGUGUCGGGGUGCAGCUCGCCCAAUGACAGCCUCCUCUCGGACAGCCCACUUACUACCGGACUGGCCCACGAGGUGAGCCCCUCUCAACCCCCCUCCCCCCUCCUCCCUUCGCCCUUCGCCCCUCUCUACUCCAACCCCACUGUAGUCCCAAGUACAGUGUAAGUAAUAAUAAUAAUAAUAUGCCAUUUAGCAGACGCUUUUAUCCAAAGCGACUUACAGUCAUGCGUGCAUACAUUUUUGUGUAUGGGUGGUCCCGGGGAUCGAACCCACUACCUUGGCGUUACAAGCGCCGUGCUCUACCAGUUGAGCUACAGAGGACCACAUUGUAACAAUGAGUAAUUACAAUUCUGUUAACUAUAAGAAUAAUGUCACAGUAAAAAUGAUCACACUAAUGUUAAGUGUGACCCAGUUUUUGUAUAUGUUAGUGUUUGGAGGAAAAAAAAGAGUCACCAGGAAUUCAGCUAAAACUGAGUUUAAUUUAUGGAAAUCUGUUCCGAAGUAUUCACAUGAAUAAAAAAAGAGACGUGAUCGUGUCUUCAUGUAAUCAUCAACAGAAUAAACACACUCCAUACUUGAUUGAGCCAUUUCGUACCACACACAAUGUCCCAUUCACUACCACAUUGGCACACACUAGAUACAGGAUCAACAGUUGUUUCAGAAUCUCAGUAUAAGAACAACAUGAAUGUCAGGGCCAGAAUUGGUUUUGGAUUGCCACAAAGUUUAGUGAAGUGUGUGUGUUCCGGUUUAAAAUAACUGUAUUAGCUUUAAAUGGUGUUCAACAUGUUUCCUCCCAUGGAAUUGUAUUUCUUUACUAUGACAGAUAUGUAAUGGUGUGAUGAGUGUGAUAGAAGGAGUCAGGCGCAGGAGGGUAAUCACAGAAUACAGAGUUUAAUCCGUCUUUACACAAAAUGCGCUGGAUAGCGACAAACGAAACAGGCGCAGGGGAAAAUAUCUACCCCGGCAACAAAUAGGUACGAGUAGCUCCACCGAGCUACACUACUCUCACAUAAUAACAAUCACCCACAAGGACACGGGGGCAGAGGGAACACUUAUACACAGACUAAUGAGGGGAUAAGAACCAGGUGUGUGUAAUGACAAGACAAGACAAAUGGAAUGAUGAAUAUAGGAGCAGCAGUAGUUAGUAAGCCGGUGACGACGAGCGCCGAAGCCUGCCCAAACAAGGAGGGGAGGCAGCCUCGGCGGAAGUCGUGACAAAUGGGCAUCAAAGAUAUGUCAUAUCCUUGAAGACUGUCCAUAACAAAUAUUUAAUGGGAAGGGGUGUGGAGUUAGAGAACACAUUUGGGAAUGUUUUCAUUGAAUAAGGGCUGAUCGAAUAACAUGGCAGUACAGUUGUCCAGAUGUCUGUUCCUGUUCUCUCUCUCUCCCUCUCUUCAAUAGGCCUGUUUAAAACAUUUGGCCACCCGACUGUACUGUACCAUGACCCGUUACAUAUUAACAUUGGAUUCAUGUUCAAAUGACAGCCCUUUUCAGUUUCCCAAGAACAUGUUGUAAAAUGAUUUUCUACCACUCAGAUUUCAGCAAUCUGACGCUUUUUCUGUUACACUUAUACUACACACAGCAAAUUCUCCAGUGUUAAAUCAACACCGAAAGUGUGGACCUGUAUAGAUACUGGAACAGUGUUAAAUUAACACACUGCCUAGUGUAAAGACUUAUUUGCAUAUUUCCCAUAGUGCCUUGCCUUUCGAGUGAAUUGUAGAGUUACUAACAAUGACUCUAUUUGUUAGUGACAGAGACAUGGUUGUUGCAUUCAUCCAUUUUCAGUCAUGUGGAGUUCACCAAGUGAGAUCCGAAGCAAAUAUGUUAACAUUAAAAUUACAUUUUUUAACACAAUACAAUACAAUAUUUCAUAAGGCCUUAUUUUGAGCGCCUAGUUUUAUUCUAAUACAGUGGCCUGAAACUCAUUGUAUACAGGCCACAACAGGCCUGUAUACCAUUGUUCUAGCAUGCAAAGUGAUGUGUAAUUCCUAUUGGAAUCCAGCUAGAGUGGGGAUAUCCAACCUUUGGAAUUUUUAAUCACCUGCAACUAGGGCUGUGACAGUCAUGGAAUUUUGAACGACGGUUAUUUGUUGAUUCAACUCAAUUGAAAUUACAUUGCAUGAGCCACAUCAGUUAGCAUCAUUUGAAUGAACAUUCUACAUUACCAUGGAAAUUAUUGCAUCACAAUACCAGGCAACCAUUGCGAGUGUACCCAUGAGUUUACCAGUCAAAUUGCCAGGAUUAGAGGUUCCAAGCUCGUUCUAGUCAUUCCAUUAAAUGUGUGCUGCUGCAGGGAGGGGGGGGUGUUGCCUAGGCAACCGGAAGCUCUUAUGCUAUAACACCUUGCUUGUUUCAGCAAGGAGCAACAAAGUUUCAUCACGUUUGUAAGAGUCCAUGUUACCGCGCAGCGGCGUCACUACAGACCUCGGUUCGAUCCUGGGCUGUGUCGCAGCCGGCCGCGACAGGGAUACCCAUGAGGCGGCGCACAAUUGGCCCAGCGUUGUCCGGUUUAGGGGAGGGUUUGGCCGGGCCGGAAUGUCCUUGUCCCAUCGCGCUCUAGCGACUCCUGUGGUGGGCCGGGCGCAUGCACGCUGACACGGUCACCAGUUGUACGGUGUUUCCUCCGACACAUUGGUGCGGCUGGCUUACGGGUUAAGCGAGCAGUGUGUCAAGAAGCAGUGCGGCUUGGCAGGGUCAUGACGCAUGGCUCUGGGCGUUCACCUCUCCCGAGUCCGUACGGAGUUGCAGCAAUGGGACAAGACAGUAACUACCAAUUGGAUAUCCCGAAAUUGGGGAGAAAAAGGGGUAAAAAAGGUAAAAGGAAAGAACCGCACAAAUGCCCGGCCAUCCCAUCUUCAGUCAGAUGUUCAUGAAAAAAACUAAAAUAAACUAUAUAUAUAUUUACACUACCAGUAGGUGUGUCCAAACGUUUUACUGGUAGUGUAAAUUCAAGGGUUUUUCUUAAUAUGUUUUUAUUUUUUUACAUUGUAGAAUUAUAGUGAAGACAUCAAAACUAUGAAAUAACACAUAUGGAAUCAUGUAAUAACUGAAAAAGUGUUAAACAAAUCAAAAUAUAUUUUAUAUUUGAGAUUCUUCAAAUAGCCACCCUUUGCCUUGAUGACAGCUUUGGUUACUACAUGAUUCCCUAUGUGUUACUUCAUAAUUUUGAUAUCUUUAAUAUUAUUCUACAAUGUAAAAAAUAGAAAAGAUAAAGAAAAACCCUUGAAUGAUUAGGUGUGUCCAAACUUUUGUCUGGUACUGUAUAUAAAUGCAACAUGUAAAGUGUUGGUCCCAUCUUUCGUGAGCAUUUCUCUUUUGCCAAUUAAACAGCAUGAUCAUUACACAGGUGCACCUUGUGCUGGGGACAAUAAAAGGCCACUCUAAAAUGUGCAGUGUUGUCACACAACACAAUGCCACAGGUGUUUUGAGGGAGCGUGCAAUUGGCAUGCUGACUGCAGGAAUGUCCACCAGAGCUGUUGCCAGAGAAUUGAAUGUUAUUUUCUCUACCAUAAGCUGCCUCCAACGUUGUUUUAGAGAAUUUGGCAGUACGUCCAACCGGCUUCACAACCGCAGACCACGUGUAUGACGUCGUGUGGGCGAGCGGUUUGCUAAUGUUAACGUUGUGAACAAAGUGCCCCUUGGUGGCGGUGGGAUUAUGGUAUGUGCAGGCAUAAACCACGGACAACAAACACAAUUGCAUUUUAUCGAUGGCAAUUUGAAUGCACAGAAAUACCGUGAUGAGAUCCUGAGGCCCAUUGUGAGGCCCAUUUUUUUUAAAGGUAUCUGUGACCAACAGAUGCAUAUCUGUAUUCUCAGUCAUGUGAAAUCCAUAGAUAAGGGCCUAAUGAAUUUCUUUCAAUUGACUGAUUUCCUUAUAUGAACUGUAACUAUGUAAAAUCGUUGUAAUUGUUGCUUGUUGCGUAUAUAUUUUUGUUCAGUGUAUACAGUGGGGAGAACAAGUAUUUGAUACACUGCUGAUUUUGCAGGUUUUCCUACUUACAAAGCAUGUAGAGGUCUGACAUUUUUAUCAUAGGUACACUUCAACUGUGAGAGACGGAAUCUCAAACAAAAAUCCAGAAAAUCACAUUGUAUGAUUUUUAAGUAAUGAAUUUGCAUUUUAUUGCAUGACAUAAGUAUUUGAUCACCUACCAACCAGUAAGAAUUCCGGCUCUCACAGACCUGUUAGUUUUUCUUUAAGAAGCCCUCCUGUUCUCCACUCAUUACCUGUAUUAACUGCACCUGUUUGAACUCGUUAUCUGUAUAAAAGACACCUGUCCACACACUCAAUCAAACAGACUCCAACCUCUCCACAAUGGCCAAGACCAGAGAGCUGUGUAAGGACAUCAGGGAUAAAAUUGUAGACCUGCACAAGGCUGGGAUGGGCUACAGGACAAUAGGCAAGCAGCUUGGUGAGAAGGCAACAAUUGUUGACGCAAUUAUUAGAAAAUGGAAGAAGUUCAAGAUGACGGUCAAUCACCCUCGGUCUGGGGCUCCAUGAAAGAUCUCACCUCGUGGGGCAUCAAUGAUCAUGAGGAAGGUGAGGGUUCAGCCCAGAACUACACGGCAGGACCUGGUCAAUGACCUGAAGAGAGCUGGGACCACAGUCUCAAAGAAAACCAUUAGUAACACACUACGCCGUCAUGGAUUAAAAUCCUGCAGCGCACGCAAGGUCCCCCUGCUCAAGCCAGCGCAUGUCCAGGCCCGUCUGAAGUUUGCCAAUGACCAUCUGGAUGAUCCAGAGGAGGAAUGGGAGAAGGUCAUGUGGUCUGAUGAGACAAAAAUAGAGCUUUUUGGUCUAAACUCCACUCGCCGUGUUUGGAGGAAGAAGAAGGAUGAGUACAACCCCAAGAACACCAUCCCAACCGUGAAGCAUGGAGGUGGAAACAUCAUUCUUUGGGGAUGCUUUUCUGCAAAGGGGACAGGACGACUGCACCGUAUUGAGGGGAGGAUGGAUGGGGCCAUGUAUCGCGAGAUCUUGGCCAACAGCCUCCUUCCCUCAGUAAGAGCAUUGAAGAUGGGUCGUGGCUGGGUCUUCCAGCAUGACAACGACCCGAAACACACAGCCAGGGCAACUAAGGAGUGGCUCCGUAAGAAGCAUCUCAAGGUCCUGGAGUGGCCUAGCCAGUCUCCAGACCUGAACCCAAUAGAAAAUAUUUGGAGGGAGCUGAAAGUCCGUAUUGCACAGCGACAGCCCCGAAACCUGAAGGAUCUGGAGAAGGUCUGUAUGGAGGAGUGGGCCAAAAUCCCUGCUGCAGUGUGUGCAAAUCUGGUCAAGACCUACAGGAAACUUAUGAUCUCUAUAAUUGCAAACAAAGGUUUCUGUACCAAAUAUUAAGUUCUGCUUUUCUGAUGUAUCAAAUACUUAUGUCAUGCAAUAAAAUGCAAAUUACUUACUUAAAAAUCAUACAAUGUGAGAUUCCGUCUCACAUAGUUUAAGUAUACCUAUGAUAAGAAUUACAGACCUCUACAUGCUUUGUAAGUAGGAAAACCUGCAAAAUCGGCAGUGUAUCAAAUACUUGUUCUCCCCACUGUAUAUGUAUUCUUAUUCCUAAAAUAAAACAUCUGGUUAUGACAGUUAAUUAAGUUUCAUGACCAUUUUCAUCCAUAACCAUCGGUUACACAGUUAUACGGUAAUUGUGCCAGCUCUAACCGCAACCUACAUUCAGAAUGACUACAAGGGUUGGGAAAACUAUGAUAUGAAACUACCUAAAGCAACUAAACUGGAACAACCAUUUCAGUAACAGAUGCAAUAAGUCAAAGCAACAUAUUGGAUAAGUUUAGAAAAUGUAUGUCAUUUAUAAUUGAGUAGCAUAAGAUUAAUUUAUCAAUGUACAUGCAAAAACCUAGAUAUUGAAACAAACAAUUCUAAAAAUCAACCUGCAAUAGAGCAUGCUGGGAUAUAUGAUAAUGAUGGGCGUGGUUUUGUUUCAACUCUAGUAUUAACACCAACAUUAGGGUUAUUUUACACCAAUGAGUGUUAAUUUAACACUUACAGUGUUAAUUGUUAUGUUACACUGAAAAAUCAACAUUAGUUAACACCGGCCAAUUUGCUGUGCAGUAAUGAAAGUUUCAAACUAUUCUAACAGACAUUGAAUCCCGGAGGACUGAAGUUUGAUACCCCAGCAGUUAGUAAUUGAGUAUAUACUACUUAACUGAAUCAAGUUCAAAUUACUAUAGUUGUUUGAGUUAACACCAAUUUAUUUAAAUCAAAUCAAAUCAAAUUGUAUUUGUCAUAUGUGCCAAAUGCAACGGGUGUAGACUUUACAGUGAAAUGCUUGCUCACGAGCGCUUCCCAAUGAUGCAGAGCUAAAACAUGAUAAUAAAAAUAAAUAUAGUAACACAAGAGGAAUAAAAUACACAAGAAUGGCGCUAUAUUCAGGGAGUACCAGAUCAAUGUGCAGGGGUACAAGCUAUUAUAGAUAUGUACAUGAAGGCAGGCGAGUUUGGCAGUUAUGUUUUACAGUGUGCGUGACCUACUGUGUCCCCUUCCCUCCCUCCCUCAGGCUCAGAGGUUACUGCUCCAGGAUGGCACACUGUCCCACUUCACCUUGCCCUGCUCCACCGCCCUGCCCACCAUCAGCGCCGGGCUGCCCGCCCAGGGUGACAGGGAGUCGGGUAGCCAUCAGAGGGUGGCCAGGGUACUGCCCCAGGUCUACCUGCCCACGGAGGGCCUCAGUGCUGCCCACCUGGCCCACCAAUGCCUCCAGCCCCUGCUCAUCCUGGAGCCGUCAGUGCUGCUGCACUCACAGCUAGUCACUGGUGAGACACCCACUCAUACAGUACAUAUACAAUACAAAACAUUAGGUUCUCUUUCCAUAACAUAGACUGACCAGGUGAAUCCAGGUGAAAGCUAUGUCACUUAAAUCCACUUCAUUCCGUGUAGAUGAAGGGGAGGAGACAGGUUAAAGAAUGAUUUUUAACCCUUCAGACAAUUGAGACAUGGAUUGUGUAUGUGUGCCAUUCAGAGGGUGAAUGGGAAAGGACAAAAUAUUUAAGUGUCUUUGAACGGGGUAUGGUAGUAGGUGCAAGGUGCACCUGUUUGUGUGUCAAGAACUGCAAUGCUGUUGGGUUUUUCAUGCUCAACAGUUUCCCGUUUGUGUAUCAAGAAAGGUCCACCACCCAAAGGACACCCAGUUAACCUGACACAACUGUGUGAAGCAUUGGAGUCAACAUGGGCCAGCAUCCCUUUGGAACGCUUUCGACAACUUGUAGAGUCCAUGAGGGCAAAAGGGGGUGCAACUCAAUAUUAGUAGUUCUUAAUGUUUUGUACACUCAGUGUAGAUAUGUAUGCAAACUCACACAAACACACACACCACACCUGCAGUCAUCCUGGAGCCCUCAGCACAGCUGCACAAGAAGAAAAACACAGUCAGAGCGACACUGCCCUCUAUCGAUCGUUUGACUGAAUGCCACUUACUUAUCCUACUGAUCUAGGCAUGUGGAGCGUUCACUAAUGCCCUAUCUAUAAUGGAUCUGGUUGAUCUGGGAGUGACUAGACAGACCUAGCUAAUCGAAACUUUACCCCACAACACUGUCUGCUUCCCCUCUGGUCGUUUUUAGAACGUUUUAGUCACUGUUUCGCCCUCCCUCUCCCUUUCCACGUUCUCCCUCCUUCCUCCCACUCUCUCUCUUUCUCCUCCCUCCCUAUCCCUCUUUAUGUUCUCCCUCCUUAAUUCCUCUCCCUCCCCCUCUCCUCUUUCUCUCUCCCCUUCUCCCCACCUCUCUCCCCUUAAGUGCGAGGCCUGAGCCCAGGCCCUCUCCAGUACCCCUCCUCCAGACUGGAAGGCCUGGCUCCCCUGGGCCCCCACAGACCCCUGGGUCGGACCCGCUCUGAGCCCCCCCUGCACUCUCACCACCACCAGUACCACCAGCACCAGCUAAUGCAGCAGUACCACAACGCACUGCUGCUGGAGAGACUCAAACAGAACACACACCUGGGCAAGGUGAGAGAACACACAUUUUUUGACACACAUUUUAGGGAUUGUUGAGCAACACACACAUACAUGCACACACACACCAAGGUGAUCUUAAAGAGGGACAUAGACAAAGACACUUACACACACACAGCACAAUAUACAGUUGAAGUCGGAAGUUUACAUACACCUUAGCCAAAUACACUGCUCAAAAAAAUAAAGGGAACACUUAAACAACACAAUGUAACUCCAAGUCAAUCACACUUCUGUGAAAUCAAACUGUCCACUUAGGAAGCAACACUGAUUGACAAUAAAUGUCACAUGCUGUUGUGCAAAUGGAAUAGACAACAGGUGGAAAUUAUAGGCAAUUAGCAAGACACCCCCAAUAAAGGAGUGGUUCUGCAGGUGGUGACCACAGACCACUUCUCAGUUCCUAUGCUUCCUGGCUGAUGUUUUGGUCACUUUUGAAUGCUGGCGGUGCUUUCACUCUAGUGGUAGCAUGAGAUGGAGUCUACAACCCACACAAGUGGCUCAGGUAGUGCAGCUCAUCCAGGAUGGCACAUCAAUGCGAGCUGUGGCAAGAAGGUUUGCUGUGUCUGUCAGCGUAGUGUCCAGAGCAUGGAGGCGCUACCAGGAGACAGGCCAGUACAUCAGGAGACGUGGAGGAGGCCGUAGGAGGGCAACAACCCAGCAGCAGGACCGCUACCUCCGCCUUUGUGCAAGGAGGAGCAGGUGGAGCACUGCCAGAGCCCUGCAAAAUGACCUCCAGCAGACCACAAAUGUGCAUGUGUCUGCUCAAACGGUCAGAAACAGACUCCAUGAGGGUGGUAUGAGGGCCCGACGUCCACAGGUGGGGGUUGUGCUUACAGCCCAACACCGUGCAGGACGUUUGGCAUUUGCCAGAGAACACCAAGAUUGGCAAAUUCGCCACUGGCGCCCUGUGCUCUUCACAGAUGUAAGCAGGUUCACACUGAGCACAUGUGACAGAUGUGACAGAGUCUGGAGACGCCGUGGAGAACGUUCUGCUGCCUGCAACAUCCUCCAGCAUGACCGGUUUGGCGGUGGGUCAGUCAUGGUGUGGGGUGGCAUUUCUUUGGGGGGCCGCACAGCCCUCCAUGUGCUCGCCAGAGGUAGCCUGACUGCCAUUAGGUACCGAGAUGAGAUCCUCACACCCCUUGUGAGACCAUAUGCUGGUGCGGUUGGCCCUGGGUUCCUCCUAAUGCAAGUCAAUGCUAGACCUCAUGUGGCUGGAGUGUGUCAGCAGUUCCUGCAAGAGGAAGGCAUUGAUGCUAUGGACUGGCCCGCCCGUUCCCCAGACCUGAAUCUAAUUGAGCACAUCUGGGACAUCAUGUCUCGCUCCAUCCACCAACGCCACGUUGCACCACAGACUGUCCAGGAGUUGGCGGAUGCUUUAGUCCAGGUCUGGGAGGAGAUCCCUCAGGAGACCAUCCGCCAUCUCAUCACCUUAUUUAAUUUCUUUAAUUUUUUAAAAAUGUAGUCCCCUAUAUUACUUUCCAACCCCACCACCCUUUCCCUAAUUGGUGUAAAAUAGUGAACAACAAUGCUUAGGCCUCUACUUCCAGCUUAUACUUACUAUAUACAUUUUAUGGACACAGUCAAUUUUACAAUAAUUAUAUUUUGUUUAUUUUUUCUCCUGAACUUCUUCUACUCUCAACCUCUCUGAUCAUUUUCAUGAUGUUCAUCCGGUUUGCUUCUAUAUGCCAUAUCUUUCUAACUGUGCUCUUUCACAAAAGCUCCCAACCUACAACCUAUAUACUUAUUAUGGACACAGUAUGCUUACAUUAUUAGUUAUCUUGUUGUUAUUAGUUGUUGUUAGUUGUUAUUAGUUCCAUCCUUCAACUCCAUUCAUCACCACCCAUCUAUCUCUUAACACCAUCCAUAUAGGAUUUCUAUUUGCCAUAUAUUUUUCAACUGUACUGUGAUGUUUUACAAAAGUUCUGAACCUUUCUAUUCUCAUUGUUUCUACAGAUUGUAAAUUGUCCUAACCGACUUGCCAAAACGAUAGUUUGUUAACAAGAAAUUUGUGGAGAGGUUGACAAACAAGUUUUAAUGACUCCAACCUAAGUCAUUACUACUUCCGACUUCAACUGUAUAUUACAUCUAGAUACUGCAUAAUAAGUUCUCAACAACACAAGAAGAAGAGUGAAGACUGAUGCAUGUCCUUUGACCUUAAGAGUGUGUCUGUGUCCCUCCCUCAUCAGCUCAUGACCAAGUCCAGUGAGAAGCCUCGUCUCACACAGAUCCCCUCGAAGGACAUAGACCCAGCGGAGACCGGGCCCUGGGGACGGCUACCAGAGGAGGAGACAGAGUGGGACCAGCAACACUGA